CGGCGCCGGGGCCCCCGACCUCCCCAAGCCCGCUGGCCGGGCAGGGUCCUGCAGGUCCCCUGGCGGCUCCCGCCGCUCUUUGGAGAUCCUAGAUGAGGUGGCAGCAGCUGUCCGCGCCCUCGGGCUCCCGAGCCCGCACAGGUGGCAUUUGGGCGGAGGUGCUAGAAGCCCCCCGUGGCCUCGGGGUCGGCGACGCAAGGCCAGCUGGGCAGGCAGCGCUGCGGAGAGGUCUAUGGAGUUUUCACCUGCCUGGAGGAGGAAACUCUCGGGGAGUGUUUGGGUUCUUCGAUGGCUAGCUACACACUGUCCGGGGGUUAAGCCAGGCAGGGCUUGCGGCUCCUUGGGGGGUGCCGCUGGUUUCGGUGCGGUGGCCAGCGCCCCUCUGGGAGUCCCCGGUAACCGGCUUCUGCUGGGGCGCUCUUUGGGAGCAGAUGCCAAGGUGUCCGAAAAGGACUUGGGGACCAAAUGUAUCUGACGGCGGCCCACCUGUCGGGAGGGAUGGAGGGGUGAGAUGGAUCUCCUCCCCAGCUCCUGCUGCAGGACUGGGUACGCCCCAGACGUCUUCCGAGCGCUUUAUUGUGGGAUGGGAGGGGAGGUGAUGGGGAAGAGAAACACUGUUUUUCCGGUGACUCUCGGGUCGUGUCCGCCGGCCCCGCUGAGAUGGCUGCAGGCAUCUCCUUCCCUCGCCAGUUUGAUGCCCGACGCUGUCACCUCGCUGUGUGCACGCGGAGGGACAACUUGUUAGGGGGCUCGAGGAGAUGUUUCAGGGCAUGGCCCAGUGCUUUAACACCCCCCCAACCCCCACUUCUCCUUCUCCCCAAAGUACAAGAAAAGUCCUGAAGUGUCCGCCCAAUUUUUACGAGGGAGGCGUGUGCGUGCAGUCCCUGCCGGGGUGGUGGGGGCGGGGGGAGGCUCGGAGCGCAGAUCGGUGGCAGCUGUACGGGAGAGACUGGGAUGCAGUACAAUGCAAAACGGGGAGGAGGGUUGACACGCAAAAGAGGGACUUGGGCCGCGUUUCUGCCCAGUGAGUCCCGGCUCAACCCGACCCGACCCGACCCCCUUGGCCUGCACGCGCGGCCCGUGGGGGGCUGCAAGCCUUUCCUAGGUAGCUCCGGACGCCACCGAGUUCCUCUCCGGGAAACUGGUCUGCCUAUUGGCGGGAGAAAAGAUUAGCUCCCAUCUUCCUGGUUGCAUUGCCUUCAAAAUUCUACCCCUACCCAUGGGAAAUUAAAAAAGAAAACACUAGUGGGAUGUUUGGCGAACACCCGGCACACAGUAGGUUAUCGAGGAAGGUUAACUACUUUCAGGAACAAGAGCUAGGAAAACGACGCGUGAUAAAGCCUCCAGGGAUAGUGAAUGCGAGCCCAUAUCAAUGGGGGACACAGCAGCAAAUGUGAAGUAGAAGGCUAACUUUCACCGGCUAAGACAUACUUUUGUGUUAAGCCUAAGAUGCCAUUCAUUAAUUCUGGGCCUACUGUUGAAGGUUUUAUUAAAUCCUAUUAUAAAUGGAUAGACUGUGCACAAGAUGAUUAAUGCUUAUUAGCUGAUUACUUUCUGGGGAGAAGUCAGCCUGCCUGCAAUUAACUCCUCCGAAUUCUCUUAAUGAUUUUCAUUAUGUAGUAGAGCUUCCCUUGCUAUAAUUUUGGGGAAGAAUAUUAACCACUUUGUUCAUUUGGCAUUUUCCAGUGGCUGUAUUUUAGCAACUUUUAGUGAUUCUUUGGGUGGGUUAUUUAGGGCCGAACAAGACUCCGUGGUUAAUACUGUCCAACACAGAUGCCACUUGUGUGAGCUCAGCUCUCUGGCUCCUUUCAAGGUUUUUUCUGGGUUUUAAGGAACGUACACACCUGCGUGCACUUGUUAUUACAUCUUAGUGAUAGAACUGGGAGAGCUGUUGUUUUGUUUGUUUAAUAGAGGUUUUAAAAUAAUGAUUUGGUAAAGCAAAUGGCUUCGUAAAAAGGAGACUUCAGUAGUAAGGCAAGUUCAGAAUUGAUUCCACGUUUAAUCUGGUUUUCAGUCUAGGGGAUCUUAGCUCUAAUGGAGUCACUACCAGAUCUGGCUGUAGAAUAUUCCUUUCCUUUCCUUCUGUCUAUUCCUCUUUCUUCUUUCUUUCCCUUCAUUUUGAAGCAAGGAGUAGUGGAAAACAUAUGGAUUUAGAUGUCCACAGAUUUCAGUUCUUUUACUUGCUAAUUGUAUAAGCUUAAGUGAAUUCUUAAAUUUUCUGAACCCCUGUUUGCUCUUCUGUUGAGGGGGGAAGAUAUUAAUCUCUUUGGAUUGUUGAAAGAAUUGAACUAGAGAACAUAUGAAUGUUCUUUAUACAUAGUAGGUGUUUGAAUGUUGGUUUCUUUCUUUAUUAGACUGCUAUCUAAAAAUACUAUUAUUGCAUGUAUCUGCUGUAUUUUUAAUAUUUUCUUGCCCCUGUAAUCCCAGGACUUUGGGAGGCCGAGGCGGGUGGAUCACGAGGUCAAGAGAUCGAGACCAUCCUGGUCAACAUGGUGAAACCUCGUCUCUACUAAAAAUACAAAAAAAAUUAGCUGGGCAUGGUGGCACGUGCCUGUAAUCCCAGCUACUCGGGAGCCUGAGGCAGGAGAAUUGCCUGAACCCAGGAGGCGGAGGUUGUGGUGAGCCGAGAUUGCGCCAUUGCACUCCAGCCUGGGUAACAAGAGCAAAACUGUCUCAAAAAAAAAAAAAAAAAAAAAAAAAAAAAAUCUAUAUCUAUCUAUAUAUUUCUUUUUAUUGUCUUACUAAUUAAAGUUCCAUUUUAGUUUUUCGUAAGCAACCGUCACAGAAUGCAGGUAAUUCUUGUAACUCCGGAGAGAUUUUUACCAGUUACCUUUGCUCUUGAGUGUCAGUCACUGAAAAAGAAGCCAAUGCACUCAUGUAUGCAGGAGAACUUGCUUUUUAGGUACCAGAACAUGCUGGUUUUUUAAAUUUACAAAUUAAAUAAAUAGAGAUAGGACCUUGCUAUGUUGCCUAUGCUGAUCUUAAACUCCUGGCCUCAAGCAGUCCUCCUCCCUUGGCCUCCCAAAAUGCUGGGAUUACAGGUGUAAGCCACAGCACCCAGCCAGUUACUUGUUUUUUAAGAAAAUGAGGCCAGGUGCAAUGGCCUAUAAUCCCAGCACUUUGGGAGGCCAAGGCAGGUGGAUUGCUUGAGGCCAGAAGUUUGAGACCAGCCUGGCUAACAUGGUGAAACCCCAUUUCUACCAAAAAUACAAAAAUUAGCUGGGCAUGAUGUACAUGCCUGUGAUCCCAGCUACUCAGGAGACUGAGACACAAGAAUAGCUUGAACUAGUGAUGUGGAGGUUGCAGUGAGAUCAUGCCACUGUACUCUAGCCUGGGCCACAGAGCAAGGCUCUCUCAAAAAAAAAAAAAAAGAGAGAAAAUGGGAAACAAAGCUAAUAUAUACAUAUACACAUGUAUAUAUACAUGCACAUAUCUAUAUACAUACAUGCACAUAUAUAUGCUUUCUAGAAUCUUCCUCCACAAUGCCAGGUCUUCAGUGACAGAGGACCUCAAAAAGAUCUUAGAUUACCUAUUACUUUUAGCUGGGUACAGGGAUGGGGAUUCAGGAGUGAGUGAGUUGGUUAACAGAAUGAAAAAGAUAACCUAUCUUCUUUUUAUGUUAUUAACACUCUUCUGGCAGCAAAUUAAUUUUUACUUAAUAAGUAACAAAAUGCCUACAGGCAUGAAUACAGUUAAUCUACUUGAAUGUCAACAGACCUGAAAACUUAGAAGAUACCUAAAGAUACCACAAAGAAAAACUUUCCAGGAGACUAAACUAGAAACAAUAAUAGAAACAAAUUCUCAAAAUAAGUCCUUAAGCAACCUAAAAGGUAUCUCUUUUUAGAGAGAUUUGGGACAUAAAUUGUUCUGGGGCCAGGCACAGUAACUCACUAAACCUGUCUCUACUAAAAAUACAAAAAUUAGCUUGGUGUGGUGGCACAUGCCUGUAAUCCCAGCUACUCAAGAGGCUAAGGCAGCAGAAUUGCUUGAACUUGGGAGGCAGAGGUUGCGGUGAGCCAAGAUCGUGCCACUGCACUCCAGCCUGGGUGACAGAGCAAGACUCUCUCUCAAAAACAACAACAAAAAACAAACAAAAAAAACCCCUUUUUGUUAUCUGCAUCUUUAACAUCAUGUUAGUACUUUCCUUGAUACUUAUAAAUGCAUCGCACCUUUAAAUAGUCACCCAACCUUUCCACAAUGAGAAAUAUGUUUCAUAACUGGUCCCUGCAAGCAGUCCAGAGGCAGCAGUGAAAUAGAGGUUGCCAGCCUUGGAGUCCUUUGACCUGGGUUGGAAUGCAGGCCUCACAGCUUCCUAGGUGCAUAACCUAGGGCAAGUUACUUUGCCUCUUUAGGCUUCAGUUUCCUCAUCUGUAAACGGGAUAAUAACAGUACUGUCUGACAAGGCUGUGUGAUGAGUUCCAAAUGAGAUAGUUUAGGUAGAUGGCUUAGCACACAGCUCAGUAAAAGGCAGUCAUUAAUAUGUUGUUGCUAUGGCUUUGCAAAUAUCACUCACCCAGCCAUUGCCUUUCUCCUGGGCUGUGAAGGAAACGGGAAUCAUUCUACAAGUUAGUAUUUAUUUAAGCAAACAUCAGUGCCCAUUUGCACCAGGCACUGGAAAGACAGAGUUCCCUAGAGCUGGGUGAGGUUCUGAAUCUCCGAUCUAUACUUUUUCUAAAGCGUCAGAGGACCAGAGUGCUUGUUUGCCUCUUAACCUUGCAGGGGACUUGUGAAGGGCCUGGUUGCUGUCUCACCUGGGUACUGCCCCCUCCUGCGUGGCAGAAGCCCAUGGAACGAUCCUGAGCCCCCUUACCCCUCAUUUCAGUUGGUCUCUUCUCUCCUUUAUCCUCCAUGCUCCUGUUUUUCUAUUUUUAAUUUUUGUUUAUUUAUUUUAGACAGUGUCUUGCUCUGUUGCCCAGGCUGGAGAGCAGACAGGCAUGAACAUGGCUCACUGCAACCUUGACCUCUUGGGCUCAGGUGAUUCUCCCACUUCAGCCUCUCAAGUAGCUGGGACUAUAAGUGCAUGCCACAGUGCCCAGCUAAUUUUUUUUUUUUUUUUUUUUUUUUUUUUUUAGAGACAGGGUCUCACCAUGUUGCCCUGGCUUCUCUUGAACUCUUAGGCCUGAGCAGUUUUUCUGCCUGGGCCUCCCAGUAUGCUGGGAUCACAGGUGUGAAGCACCAUGCCUGACCCACAUGCCUGUUUUGUUUAAUUACUAUUCUGUUUAAAACUCAACAGUUUCUGAACCCUGUGGCUUCUUCAAAGGCUAAUUGCUCUGUGUGGUUUUCUUAGUGUGGAUCCUGGGUAGGCAUUGCUAAGGACAGAGAAUCUUGGUAUAGCUCCUUUCAUUCAUUCAUCUUUAGACUAUGCUGGGGAAUUACCUCUCGGCUUCAUGGAAGCCUGUGGGGUUCACAGAGAGCCUGAGUUGUGUUUUUUCUUCCGCGAGAAAGCAGACCAAAGGCUGGGUGCGGUGGCUCAUGCCUAUAAUCCCAGCUUUGGGAGGCUGAGACUGGUGAAUCAUGAGGUCAGGAGUUUGAGACCAGCCUGGCCAACAUAGUGAAACCUCAUCACUACUAAAAAAUACAAAAAUUAGCCAGUUGUGGUGGCUACUCGGGAGGCUGAGGCAGGAGAAUCAUUUGAGCCUGGAAAUCAGAGGGUGCAGUGAGCCAAGACCACACCAUUGUACUCAAGCCUGGGUGACAGAGCGAGAGCCAUCUCAAAAAAAAGAAAGCAGAUCAAGUAUUUGCUCUCUUCCUGCUUGGGACCUUGUCCCUCUUUGCAUGGAGGGAUGGUUCCCUUAGAACUUCUGGUUCUGAAGAUCUGUGUUCUUUAUCAGUCUCUCAAUGUAGUAUAUUUGCAUUUAUUAGGUGACAACUGGGCCUGGAAGCUGUGGUGGGGGUGGGGUGGGAAGCCAGCUCUCAAUCUGACAUUGACUCCUGAAGGAGAGGGUCACCUGUGUUCUGGGCAGCCUUUCAGUGGCGAAGGCCACCAUCCCCCCAGCGUGAUUGAGAAGCCUGGCACUUCUGUGUUGAGUACUGUGGAGCCUGACCUUUGGCUAGUAGCUUGGUCUUUAUUGACAGGGCUGUGGUUUAUAGCUUUGUUACUUUGCUGCUGAGUGGCUUUUGUUCCACCAGAGUUGCGUUUUGUUUGAUUUAGUGCAGGUGGUAUUUGAAAAGUUUUCUAACCUUUACUGAAAGCGAGUUACACUAGAAAAUCCUCUUUGGAAACCCUCAGGCACCAAAUGCUGUCCUUCACUUAGAUUGGAUGCACUGUUUAUUUUAUAGAGUAUGGUGUGAUUUGUGUACAAAUCCUUAUUUUCUCUUCCUGGAACUUAGUAAAUUACUGAGAUGAUCCUGUGAGAUUUCUGUAUGUGAUCUGUAGAUCCAGAAGGAACACUUAACAUUUUCUAUAAGAACAAAGGUAACCCUUUGACUUGGGUGGUUUAAAUAUUCACUCACUCAGGGAGAUGGAUAGGUUUUGUAUAUUUUGUGCUGGAAAUUAAUGACCCUAUCUAAAGAUAUUGAAAAAUAGUGUGAGUCCUCUAAGUCAGGCACUAGCAGCUGCUGUAUCAACCUCCACUUUUUUUUUUAAUUUUGAGUUAGGGUCUUGAGAUAUUACCCAGACUGGUCUCGAACUCCUGAGCUCAAGUGAUUCUCCCACCUUAGUCUCCUGAAUAGUUGGGAAUACAGACAUGUGCCACUGCACCUAGCAACCUCCAGAACUUUUGAUACAAUAAGGACUCUAAGUGUGUGAAGUUCAUGAGACUACAGAGAUUAUAAGAAUUAAAAGAAAACCUGUGCUGAUUUUGGUACCAGUACAACUUUGAGGGGAGGAGAGUUUCCUCAUGAUCUUGUCUUCUUAGUAUAGAAGCUUAUUUCAUAAGACUUUAAAAUUAUUAUUAUUAUUUUGAGAUGGGGUCUCACUCUGUCACCCAGGCUGGAAUGCAGUGCACGAUCUCGGCUCUCUGCAACCUCUGCCUCCUGGGUUCAAGCGAUUCUUCUGCCUUAGCCUUUUGAGUAGCUGGAAUUACAGGGAUGGCCACCAGGCCUGGCUAAUUUUUGUAUUUUUAGUGGAGAUGGGGUUUCACUAUGUUGGCCAGGCUGGUCUUGAACUUCUGAUCUCAGCCACCCACCUCAGCCUCCCAAAAUGUUGGGAUUACACGCAUGAGCCACUGUGCCUGGUCUUUAAAAAGAAAAAAAAUAAAAUAUACCUAACAUAAAAUUUACCAUUUUGAUCUUUUUUAAGUGCACAAUUCAGUGGCAUUAACUACAUUCACGUUGUGCAACCAUCACUAUGACCCACCUUCAGAACUUUUCAUCAUCUCAAAUAGAAACUGUGCCCAUGGGCUGGGUGCAGUGGCUUACUUUUGGUAAUCCCAGCACUUUGGGAGGCUGAGGCAGGUGGAUCGCCUGAGGUCAGGAGUUCGAGACCAGCCUGGCCAACAUAGUGAAACCCCGUCUCUACUAAAAAUACAAAAAAUUACCUGGGUGUGGUGGAGAGCACCUGUAAUCCCAGCUACUCGGGAGCCUGAGGCAGGAGAAUCACUAGAACCCAGGAGGCGGAGGUUGCAGUGAGCCAAGGUCACACCAUUACACUCCAGCCUGGGUGACAAGAGCAAAACUCCAUCUCAAAAAAAGAAAAAGAAACUGUGCCCAUGAAAGAGUAACUACCCCUUUCUUCCUAUUUCCUGGUCCCCAUAACCUCUAUUCUGAAUCUGACUAUUCCAAGGUCCCUCAUGUUAAGUGGAAUCACACAAUAUUUGCCCUUUUAUGACUAGCUUAAUUCACUAAUGUGAUGUCCAUAAGGUUCAUUCACACUGUAGCAUGAGUCAGAAUUUCCUUCCUUUUUAAGGCUGAAUAAUAUUCCAUUGUAUGCACAUACCACAUUUUGUUUACCCCUUCAUCUGUGACAGAUAUUUGGGUAGUUUUCACCUCUGGCUAUUGUGAUUUUUUUCAAUUAAAAAAUAUUUUCUUAAGACAAGAUCUUCCUCUGUUGCCCAGGCUGGAGUGCAGUGAUGUGAUAGUUCACUGCAGCUUUGAACUCCUGGGCUCCAGCCAUCCUCCUGCCUCAGCCUCCCAAGUUGCUGGGACUACAGGCAUUCAUCACCACACCCAGCUAAUUACAAAACAAUCUGUGGGUGUGUGUGUCUAGAGAUGGGGGGUCUCAAUAUGUUGUUGCUCAGGCUGAUCUCAAAUUCCAGAGCUCAAGCGAUCCUCCUGCCUUGGCCUCCUAGUGUUGCGAUUACAGGUGUGAGUCACCAAGCCUGGCCCACCCUCUGGCUGUUUGACUAAUGCUGCCAUGGACCCGGGCGUACACAUAUCUGUUUGUUCAUGUCUAUUUUUGAGCCCCCCUUAUUCAGUUUGGUAAAAUGUAGCCUUCAUAAAUAAGAUGUGCAGGACCAAGUGUUAUAGUAUUUAAUAUCAUGCAGUCCUCCAGAAUAGCAUGGAAAUAAGAAUGCAGGGAAUGUGGGAGGAGGGUCGUGUUGAAGACACCUGAAGGCAGCACAUGAUUCUUUUCACCUGCAGCUGCUCUCACUGAGCUGGUGGUCAUAUGCCUUGUUUUUUUAAGACAGAGUUUUUCUGUCGCCCAGACUGGAGUACAGUGGUGCAAUGUCAACUCACUGCAACCUCCUCGCCUGCCAGGUUCAAGUAAUUGUCCUGCCUCAGCCUCCCAAGUGGCUGGGAUUACAGGCACACGCCACCAUGCCCAUCAUUUGCCAUUCUGUCAUCCAGCUGGCCUGUGUUAUGUGUGACACUUUUCUCUGUGUCAGGGUUUGUUUGUUUGUUUUUUAAUGUCAGGUUGUUUUCCCCCUUAGGGUAGAAUUCAUGGCAAGGCAAAAGGUCAGUUAGAGACUAUAGCAUGGCAGCGUUAUCACAUAUUUCAUCUCUACAAUCAUGUGCUUAUGGGUGUCCUGGUAUAAAAGCCAGAAGGCUUUAUGUAAUAAUUAGAUGUCAAUCUGUUAAAGACAACUUAAUCUGUAGUUUCUAGAGAACAGUACUCCCAUAUGAGUUAAUACUCAUACUGUGCCCUGAAAGUUAGCUAAAUAAGGAUUUGCAUGUUUAAAAAGCAGGUUUUUAAAGUGAAACAAAACACACACACACAAACUCAUCAAAGCUUGAAACCAAACAAAAAUACUACUAUCCCUGGGUGUCCACCCACUUUCCUAUUUCAUGCCAACUAUAGGCACAAAAAGAAUAUUGGGGUUAACAUGGUGAAUUUCUUGGCAGUCUGAUACUUUAUCUGUCUAGCUCAACUGCAUUAAGAGCAUCUAGGAUUUUGUCAUCAGUCUUAGGCUUACUCCCCUUGUGCAGAACAACGCAAAAAUUCUUAAAAGUCCAUUUGAGAACCUUAGGCUGUGAAUGGUGAUGGAUGUAGCAGAUAACAUGCCCUGACUCUUUAAGGUCACUGGGACCCAGAGAAUGGGAGGGCAAGGGUGCAAGUUGCCAUUGUAAAUAGAGUGGCCAAUGGGACCUCCUUGAGAAGGUCAUAUUUGAGCAAAGACUCCGGAGGGGAGAGGGUGGUCCAGGAUGCUGUGGGGAAAGACUGCUGCAGGCAGAGGGGACAGGUAACUCGCUGCAGAGGCCCUAGGUUAAGAGUGCUUGACUUAACUGGCUAUUCCUCCGAUGAGUGAUUGGGAAAGGGAAGGAGGAGGAGGUAAGGGCAGAGAGGAAGAGGAGCCAGGUUGUGCUGGGCUUGCCAGGCUGUGUACAGACUUUGGCUUUGAUUUCUUGGAAGAUGGCAGCUCAGGGCAGGGCAUUGCUCCUUGGAGUGGUGGGAUCUGUGUGAAGACAGGCCAGGCAGAGGGCUCCCAAUCAAGGAGUCAAGCAGGAGGCUGAGCCAGCCAAGUGAGGGUGGGAGCUUUUGCCAGGCUGGUAGCUCCCACCAGGAUGGGAGCUGUGGGGCCAAGAUGUUAGAUUCUUGAGAAGGACAGAGGAGAAAGGACACAGAGAGAACAGGAUCGAAUACAUGCAACUUUUAUUUUGACAGAUCAGAAUGGACUGUCAGAUGGACUUCCAGACAGAUUGGAUAUGGGGCGUGAGAGAGAGAGAGCCAAAGAUAACUUUCUCGGCAGAACCUGGGUUGCAAAAGGAAAUCUGAGUUUCAAAACGCUGGGAAUUCACUGGGCUGUGUUCUGAUCACUUGCAACUAGGUUAUAAAGAGGCUCUUCAGAAACAUACACAUAAGGCUUUGGUUCAGAGAACUUUGUACUUACCAUUGGCCUGCCUUCCUAGUUUGGGGGAAAGAGCAUUGUUAGAAAUGAGAGGUGGUUUUCCAGAAGCAGAGGACUUGACUUCAGUGACAGGUGGGUGGUCUGUAACCCACAGGCUGUCCCGCCAGGGCUGCCAUUGCAGGUAUCGCCACUCAAGCCCCAGUCCCCUCCCUACCUUGUUUGUCCUUUGCCUAACUGGAAGAUUAAGCUCUUUCCAGUCACUCCCCAUCUCCAUACACAUCAAUGUUUUGUUUUAAACAACUAUAUUGAGAUAUAAUUCAUGUACCAUACAACUCAGCCUUUUAAAAUAUACAAUUCGGGCUGGGCACAGUGGCUUAAGCCUGUAAUCCCAGCAAUAUGGGAGGCCCAGGAGGGGGAAUCAUUUGAGACUAGCCUGGCCAACAUGGUGAAUCCCAGGCUCUACUAGAAAUAAAAAAAUUAGCGAGGCCUAGUGGUGGGCUACUCAGGAGGCUGAGACAUGAGAAUCACUUGAACCCGAGAGGCAGAGGUUGAGGUGAGCUGAGAUCACGCCACUGUGCUCCAGCAUGAACAACAGAGUGAAACUCUGCCUCAAAAACCAAACAAAAAAGGAAGGAAAUUUUAAUACAUGCUACAUGAAUGAACCUUGAAGACAUGCUAAAUGAAAUAAGUCAGGCACAAAAGGACAAAUAUUUUGUGAUUCCACUUACAUGAAGUGCCCAGAAUAGUCAAGUUCAUAGACAGAAAAUUGAACAGCAGUUGCCAGGGGCUGGGGCCAUGGGGGAAUGGGGAGUUAGUGUUUAAUGAACCUUGAGCUUCAGUUUGGGGAGAUGAAAAGUUUCAAAUGAGUGGUGGUGGUAAUUGUGGAAUCAUGUGGAUGCACUUAAUGUCACCGACUGUACACUAAAAGGAAUUAAAGACCAGGUGCGGUGGCUCAGGCCUGUAAUCCCAGCACAAUGGGAGGCCGAGAUGGACAAAUCACCUAAGCUCAGGAGUUUGAGGCCAGCCUAGCCAACAUGGUGAAACCCCAUCUCUACUAAAAAAUACAAAAAUUAGCCAGGCGUGGUGGUGCAUGCCUGUAAUCCCAGCUACUUGGGAGGCUGAAGCAGGAGAAUCAUUUGAACCCAGGAGGUGGAGGUUGCAGUGAGCCAAGAUUGCAACACUGAACUUCAGCCUGGGUGACAGAGUGAGAUUCUGUUUCAAUAAAAUAAAAUAAAAUUAAAAGUAGUUAAAAUGGUAAAUUUUGUGUUUUGUAUAUUUUACCAUAAUAUAAAAAAUGGUCCAGGGAGUGGGGGUCUCUUGGAGGAGGUUAUACUUAGGUUGAGACCCAGAGGAUAAGAAGGUACCAGUCAGGGUAAGAGUGGUCCAGUCAAUGGGAACAGCAAGUACAAAGGUCCUGCAGUGGAUGAGAGCUUAGUAUUGUGCUCUAGGAAUUGUAAGAGGCCAGAACAGCAGGGGUCACAUGAUGCUGGGGCCAUCAUGGGAUGAGGGAGGCAGGCACUAAACUGCAGAGAAACUCAUAGAAGGUCACUAACAUAUUUGAAGACUCAAACUCCUGGGCUCAAGGGAUCCUCCCACCUCAGCCUUCUAAGUAGCUGGGACUAAUAUCCACUUUUAUCCAGUACUGUCAUGUCUAGCAGUGGAGUGAUGUGAUUCGAUUCCUGGUUUUGGCUGAUAAUCCAGACUGCAAUAUGCAGAAUGAGUUGGCAGGUGUGGUGGGGUGGAAUGAGGCCAAAAGCAAGGAGAGGAAAUUUGGGAGGCCCCUGCAAUGUCCCCAAGAGGGUGGAGGGAGAGAUAAGUUGGGGGUUUGGGCCAGAUGAUGGGAGUGGGGUUGAGAAGUGGAAGGUAGGUGCCGCACUUCACAAGGGAAUCCUGGUUUUGGUGAUGGGUUGGAUUUGAAGAUAGAAUUGUUGACAAUUCUUAGAUUUCUAAUACAAGCAACUAAAGCUGAUGGUGCCAUUGAGACCAAGGAGUCGUUUUAGAAGAUGAACUUAGCUUUGAUCAUGUUUAGUUCAUGUUGCUGGGACAUCUGGGUGUGGUUGCUGGUGAUUCAGAAGUCUGGGCUGGAGACACAAUUUUGGGAAUUGUAGCCUGGGAUUGGGUUUAAGGAGCUGCUCCAAGAUGCUGGAAACCAGUGCUUCCUAUUGUCGAUAUCAGCCUUUAGUUUGGACUAAGAAUUUUUAAGUAGUUUUGGCAACAAAGUAUGUACAUUUGAGCAAAAAAAAAAAAAAAAAAGCACUUGUGCAAAGUCACAAGCCCUGCUUUAUGGACAAAGAUGACAAGGUGGAGGGCUGAUGCAGGGUGCCUAGCGGACAAGACCCCCAUACAUGGCUCAAAAUGUUCUCAGAUGUGGGAAAGGGCCACUUUGUGUGGUUUAGGAACUUGCUAAAGUCAGGGAAUUUCCUGUGGAAAACCGACUUUUCAAAUUGGCUUGUGUGGCCUAAAAACCAAAUCACUCUUUUCAUGUGUGUAGAGUGGUGUAACGAAAUGGUGCUGCUCAAUGUACUCUACUUCCGCAUGGUGUAUUUACCCACUUAGUCCCGUGGUGUAUUAAUUUCCUGGUCUCUUUUUGCAAGCAAAGGAAUUAUAACUUGCAUGAGGUCAGAACUAGUAAUUGACAAAACCAGAAAUUGCAGUCAAGUUUCCAGACUCACAAGGCGAGGGUUCUUUUCCAAGACCUCACAGAUGAAGGUUGGAAAUCCAUCCAAAUGACUCAGAGAUAGGCUUGCCAAAUUUAACAAAUAAAAAUACCGGACACAGUUCAGUUUGAAUCUCAGAUAAAUGAAGAGUAAUUUUUUUUUUAGUAUGUCCUAUGCAACAUUUGGAGGACUGACUUAUACUAAAAAUGAUGUGUUCUUUUUGUUACUGUCAAAUAUAACUGUGUGUCCUAUUUUUCAUCUGGUUGCCCACCCAGAAAUGAACUCUUGGAACACAAAAUCAUUUGUAAUUUGUGGACUUCGUGUAUAUUCAGGCUCUUUAUAAAAACUCCAGGAUCUGCCAAGCAUUUUGUUUUAUUUGUGGGUGGGAGUGGGAGGAGGAUUGAUUUUCCUAUUCUCUUAAAAUGGCUAUGUUGUGAUUUUUUUUCCGUCUUUAGUAUCUGUGAUUUGUAAUAGACAGCAGCCCAGUUUUGGGAAUAAGCCCAGAGGAUGUCAGCUCUGGUGAGUCACUGAAUGGUUGGCUGACCUCAGCUAAUAAUAGUAAUUCUUUACAUUUUUAAAAUACUUCAUAGUUUUAAAAACUUCUCAUUUGGGAAUUGGCAAGGCAGGACUUAUCCCCAUGGAACAGAUGAGAAACACAAGGGAAGCAGUGCUUGGGGGAGUGGGUGGUACCAGGAAAUGGGUUAGGGUAUUCUUUUUCUAAUAUUUAGUUCAAUGAUAAGUAGUUAAUUUUCUCCCCUCCUCUCCCCAUCCCUCCCUUCCCCUCCCCACCCCUCCCUUCUCCUCUCCUCCUUUCUUUUCUUGAGACAGAGUCUUGCUCUGUUGCCAGGCUGGAAUGCAGUGGAACAAUCUCAGCUCACUGCAACCUCUGCCUCCUGGGUUCAAGCAAUUCUCCUGCCUCAGCCUCCCAAGGAGCUGGGACUACAGGUGCCUGCCACCACACCCAGCUACUUUUUGUAUUUUUAAUAAAGAUGGGUUUCACCAUAUUGGCCAGGCUGGUCUCAAACUCCUGACCUCGUUAUCUGCCCACCUUGGCCUUCCAAAGUGCUGGGAAUACAGGUGUGAGCCACCACGCCCAAGAAUUUUCUUUUCUUUUUUUCUUUUUUGUAAUUUUGGCAAAUAAGCCAAAAUUACAAGAGGAAAUGGUAUACUGGACCCAACAUUGCCCACCCGCGGUGUUUCAGAUGGAGCCCUUAGGCCCACUUUUUAUCAGAUGAAGUUAUGUUGCCUUUUAGGUUCUUCUGUGUGUGUCAUAAGGAAAUCAGUAAGCAUAAAACGGCUUUAAUUGCACUUGGCAGAGGACUAAGGGUAUAUAAAGAUUGGUGACCGUUGUAAGAACUAAAGUACAUUUUAUUUGCUUAUAAAAUUUUGUUCGCCAUGGUAUUUUAGGCAUUAUACAAUGAUUUCCGGUCCAGAAAAUCCUUAGAAUUUAAUAUGACUAUUACAAAGUUUCUUUUCUUCAAAGUUUUGUAUUUGAAAACUUGUUUUAAUAUCACUUAAAUAUAAAUAUAACAUAAUAUCCUGUCUGGCAGUCUUUGUAAACGCUCGAAUUUGUCCAAGCUCUAAGUUGUUAGGGGUCAUUUUUCUGUUCCAAGUCGAUGUUAUCUCCAUAUCUGCUGUAUUUCAAUACCCCUGACUAGAUGUAAAAAAGAUAGUAUCUCUUUCAUGCAAACCUUAAUUUUUCAAAACACUCUUUAACAUCUUUUUGUGUUUCUAGUUUUCAUGAAUCAUUAAAAGAACACAUUUUGUUACUGAAAUAAAGGGGCUUGGCCCAGGCACAGGGUCUCAAACCUGUAACCCCAGCACUUUGUGAGGCUGAGGUGGGUGGACCACUUGAGGUCAGGAGUUCGAGACCAGCCUGGCCAAUAUGGUGAAACCCUGUCUUCAGUAAAAAUACAAAAAUUAGUCAGGCAUAGUGGCGCAUGCCUGUAGUUUCCACUACUCAGGAGACUGAGGCAGGAGAAUUGCUUAAACUUGGGAGGCAGAGGUUGUAGUGAGCCGAGAUUACACCGCUGCAUUCCACCCUGGGCAACAGAGCGGGCUCUGUCUUAAAAAAAGAAAGAAAGAAAGAAAAAGAAAUAAAGGGGCUUAGAUUAGAAGAUACCCAGCAAAAUUCUUAGCUCUAAUUUCCUCUUUAUGUUAAAUUUAUUGGAUUCUCCCCUCUGUUGCCCUGGACUAACUGGUCUCCACUUAAAAGGUGAUCCUGGGAUUUUUGUUUAAUUAGUUUGUUUCUCUAACUGUUACAGGCACCAUUUUUAGACUUGCUCUGAGCAUCAUAUAGUUGCUCAUAUCCAUAGUCAAAAUAUUAAAAUCGCAGGGUUAUUAAUAUUUAAUUAACCUGGCAUUGUGAUAGAUACUUUUUAAGCAAGAGCUAUUAUUUAAGGAGAACCAGGAUUCAGUUCAGAAAGAUAAAAGAUGACAAUGAAAUAUUUGAUUAUUAAAAUGUUUUUACUAGAAAAGGAACAUUUGUAAGGUUAAUGGUACAGUUGCUUCUGCUAACCUUAAUAGCUAUCGAGUAUCAGUCCUCUUUUUUUUUUUUUUUUUUUUUUUUUUUUGGUGGCAGGGUCUCAUUCCGUUACCCAGGCUGGAGUACAGUGGUACAAUCUCAGCUCACUGCAACCUCCGCCUUUCAGGUUCAAGUGACUUUCCUGACUCAGCCUCCUGAGUAGCUGAGAUUCCAGGUGUGCACCACCAUGGUUGGUUAAUUUUUAUUUUUAUUUUCAUAAACAUGGGGGUUUUGCCAUGUUGGCCAGGUUGGUCUUGAACUCCUGGCCUCAAGAGAUCUGUCCACCUUGGCCUCCUAUAGUGCUAGUAUUACAGGCAUGAGCCACUGCACCCAGCCAAAAUAUCAUUCCCUUUUAACAUAGAAUUCUGCUGGGACAGAUGCGCCCUGUGUCUCAGGAUCCCCGCACAUGCUGUAUUCUUCACACCAGAGACUCUUUCCCUUCCUUCCCUUCACCUGCUGACCAGGUGCUACCUCCUCCUGGAAGAUUUCCUGAUUCCUUGUCUUUCCCAGACCAAAGUGAGGGACCCCCUCCUCUGUUCUAGUGGUUCCCUGUACAUUAUCAUCCCAGCAUGGAUGGUUCCAUCUCAGAGGUGGUAGCUAGCUUUUAUCUCAGGUGUGGCUUGAUCAGUGGUGGCUGCCUAGACACUGGUUUUCAAAGAAUGCUCCCUGGACUAGCAAUAUCAGCACAACUGGGGGUUGCACCCUAAACUCAUUGACUCUGAUGAUUUGGGGUUAAGACCCAGUAAUCAGUGUCUUAACAAAACUUCCAGGUGAUUCUGAUGCCUGCUCCAGGUUGAGAAUCCCUGGCCAAGAGGUUUUUGAUGAGUAGGAUUCUGAGGUGAGUAGGAUUCUGAGGUGAUGUCCAGCCACAGCAGGAAAAGGUAUGUUAGAAUUCCUUAGUGCUGGCCAGGCACAGUGGCUGAUGCCUGUAAUUCCAGCACUUUGGAAAGCUGAGGCAGGUGGAUCACAAGGUCAGGAGUUCAAGACCAGCCUGGCCAAUAUGGUGAAACCCCAUCUUUACUAAAAACACAAUAUUAGCCGGGCAGUGGCAGGGGCCUGUAAUCCCAGCUACUCAGGAGGCAGAGGCAGGAGAAUUGCUUAUACUCGGGAGGCAGAGGUUGCAGUGAGCCGAGAUGGCACCACUGCACUCUAGCCUGGGUGACAGAGCAAGACUGUGUCUCAGGAAAAAAAAAGAAUUCCUUUUGCUAUCACCUUGAGCAGGUGAGAAGCAGGACAGAUGUGGGCCCAGGGGUGUGGCAUCCCUGAACUAUAUUGUAAUUGCUGUUCUACUUGUCUGUGUUUACACUAGUGGCCACUUCGGUGAGAAUAGCAUCUUGGCAAGUCUCAUGUUGUAGCUCAGUCCGCAGUGCCAUUCUUAAAUUGUAGCAGCUAUUCUAUAAUUAAAAAUUAAAUAGUGAAGUCAGAAACAUUCCUUUCCACACUGAUAGGCACUUGCAUUAGCUGCCAUUAUUAGAGGCAUGUUUUAUGAGAGAGAAGGCCAUUGAACAACAUCGAACCAAUAAUUGUUGGCUGUUUUUAUAUAGUGACUCUACAAUAAAAAGAAUCUACCAUGGCCUAAUUAAGUGAAUGUUAUGGCUUUUGCUCCUUCACUAAGCCACCAGAGGAGAAUAACCAAGUUUUUUCUUGGACUUCAUAACUUAGUAAAAUAGUCACAAACACAAAUCGAUAUUUAGAAAUAGGGCCGGGCACAGUGGCUCACAUCUAUAAUCCCAACACUUUGGGAAGCCAAGGCAGGUGGAUCACUUGAAGUCACGAGUUUGAGAAGAUUGGCCAACAUGUUAAAACACCAUCUUUACUAAAAACGCAGAAAUUAGCUGGGUGUAGUGGUGUGCGCCUGUAAUCCCAGCUACUUGGGAGGCUGAGGCAGGAGAAUCGCUUGAACCCAGGAGGCAGAGGUUGCAGUGAGCCAAGAUCGCACCACUGCACUCCAGCCUGGGUGACAGAGUGAGACUCCAUCUCAAAAAACAAAACGACAACUACAAAAAUAGAUAUUUAAAGAUUUUUGCAUCUUUUUUUUUUGGUACUUAUUACCAUACUUUGGAAAUGCAACAAAAAUACUGGGAAUUUUUCUUUAAGCGUCUACUUGGGAAAAAAAUGGACUCUCUUAUGAAAUUUUCGCUUGGGUUAGAGAUAUUUUUACAAAUGGUACUUGGAAAUAAAGACCAUCCCAUAACCCUGAGCUAUGAAAUAUUUAGGGAAACAUCAGCUAACACCUGGAUCCACUCACUCUCCUACUUUGGUUUUAUGUUGUUGUCAAAAGACAAAGGAUAAAUAGUUUUCACGAUCUUGUAUAUUUUGGAGUUCCCAUAACUCCAAUCGUUUUCUAAUUAGAUGGGGCAGCAUCCAGCUUAAUACUAGGUCUGGUUUUUUAAGUCGGUUUUAGGUGCUUGUCAACAAAGCCGGAACAUAAGAAAGUUGAACUGAUUUGUGGAGCUCUUACCCUGGCCUUCCUGUGAACGUUUUGAGACAGAAGACAGGCACCAGUUUAUGAAAGCCUUCGUAAAAGUAUACCUAACUUAAUCAACUGGAUGUGACUGCUGCCCCCUGUGGAACACUCUAAGUUGUCACAAUUCAAGAUGCUCCAAGUGUCUAGUGCUCCAGGUCAGGGAUGCUUCUAAAUAUCCUACCACAUGCAGGACAGACUCCACAACAAAGCAAUGUCUUACCCAAACUGUCACUAGGGUUGAGGUUGAGGAAUUCUAUCCUAAACCAUGGGUAGGAGUCCUCUUAAAAUGCUGUGGUUCGGCAGGACUUAGUCAUAGGUGCGUUUCAUAGUCUCUGCACAUCCCCAAACAUAGCACCCUGAGCACUGAACUCUGACAUUAGUUGAGAAGAUGAUGCCCCUCUAGCUGGUGCUUAAGCCUUUUGGCUUAAGCCUGGACUUGAUCUUUGACCCCUUUCUCUUCCAAACUGUACCCCACCUUCAUUUCCAAUCCAUCUCCAAGGCCUGUUGCUUCUACCUCUAGAAGACCUUAACGCCACCCGAUAACCUCUAUCUCCGCUGCUAUCCGCAAGGUUCAAGCUGCCAUCUCCCUCUCCUGGACCAUUCUGGUAGCCUUCUCACUGAGGGCUAUGCUUCCACCCUGCCCCUUCCAAACAAGAGCAGACACUCAGAUCCUGCCAACCCUUGCAGUAGCUCAUGCUGUGGUUCUAACAACAGCCACCUUCUCUCCACAGCUCACCAUGCCCAGCCUGCCCUGACCCGGGCUUCCCCCUGCAAAUUCCAUUAUUUUACUACUUUAGUUUCUGUAGCAUGAAGAGUCUCUUCCUGUCCCACGAACUUCAGAUUUGUAGCUUUCUCGCCUGAAAAGCUCUUCCUCUGAAUGCCUCCUUUUGCCUUUUGGCCCAAGUGUCAUUUCUUCAGUGUAGUCUUCUGCACACCCCAGUUAAAGUUGAAGGAGUCCCUCCGAGUUAUGCCCUCUGCUCACUCUUUCUUUCUUGAGUAGCAAGGAUGUAGAGAACAGGGGAAGCCCAGAAAUACUGUUGAAAUGGCAACAGCUCUGUCUCCAUGUGCCCUUCGAUGUAUGGUAGAGGAGAUGGCUUCGGUGUUUUCUUCAAUGCUUAAUUUCCUUUUUUUGAGAUGGGGUCUCGCUCUGUCACCCAGGCUGGAGUUCAGUGGCACAAUUUCAGCUCACUGCAACCUCUGCCUACCGGUUCAAGCAAUUCUCCUGCCUCGGCCUCCUGAAUAUCUGGGAUUACAGGCAUGAACCACCACGCCCAGCUAAUUUUUGUGUUUUUAGUAGAGACAGGAUUUCGUCAUGUUGACCAGGCUGGUCUCAAACUCCUGACCUCAAGUGAUCUAUCUGCCCCGGCCUCCCAAAGUGCUGGGAUUGCAGGUAUAAGCCGCCAUGCCUGGGCCUUGAUUUCCUUUUAUAGUGUCUCUUCUUGUGAAUAUCAGGAGUCUUGCUUCCGUUAAGGCAGCAUCUAAAAAACAUAUUUGAGAUUUUUAAAGUUCAUGUGGUCUUUCUAUAUUAUUCAAGGAAAUAAAUACAUAAAAAAGACUUGUUUGUCAAACCACAUGUGUCCACCCUGUUGUGCGCCUGCCAUCAGUUUCAAAAGAUACAGUAAGCAUGUUAGAACUUUUGUUAAACAUAAAGAUACAUAAAUAUCUUAUCUUAUCCAUGCCUGCGUUCCAUCAGAUGCCCUCUUUCCCCCUGUAAUCUUUACAGUUUGUUUUAUAGUCUUUCUGUAGAGAAUUCUUAACCUGAACACAGUGUUCUCUGUCACCCAUCAUGCUUCUAGGAAUGUCCCUGCCUCCCAUCAGCCAGUGCAUCUCUAGAAAAGACAAAUUAGGCUCAGCAUGAUGGCUCACGCCUGUAAUCCCAGCACUUUGGGAGGCUGAGGUGGGCAGAUCACCUGAGUCCGAGACCAGCCUGGCCAACAUGGUGAAACUCCUUCUCUACUAAAUAUACAAAAAUUAGCUGGGCGUGGUGUUGGGUGCCUGUAAUCCAAGCUACUUGGGAGGCUGAGGCAGGAGAAUCACUUGAAACCAGGAGGCGAGGUUGCAGUGAACCAAGAUCACGCAGCCUAGGCAACGAGAGAGAGACUCCAUAUCAAAAAAAAAAAAAAAAAAAAAAAAGACAAGCUAGAAGCUAGAAUUAAUCUAAGCCAGGUAUCAUUUAGAAGGUAAAGGAAUCAUAUUACAGUCAAAGCCCAAACAAAUAUAUUUCACAUUAUCUAGAGCCCUUCUAAAAAUGUAUAAAGCAGAGGAGACUAAAGAAUUUUCUGUGUGUGCAUGCCAUUCAUUCUUGACUUCUUGAUAAAUGAGAUUCUCAAGCUCACCUGGGAAGCAUCGAAAAUAUUAAUGCCUGAGUUUUCCUUGCCAGAGAGUCUUAUUAGCCAAUCUGGGAUAAACCCGGGUGAUUCACUCGUGCAUAGUCAAGACAGAGACGGCUUGGAAAGUAGACAAUAUAGGAGUCUACCCUUUAUAGGAUACCUACACGCGUAAAGUAUUUACUUGGGCUUACCAAAAUGUCUAGAUAUAAACCUGUGGGGAAAGUGAUUGAAAUAAAUGAAUGGCAUAACUUAAGGCUGCUGGAUUGGCGCCUGCGAUGCAUCAGCUGUGGGUGGCCUUGAUUAGUUUUACUUAAUUUCAUAGUUCAUAUCUGCAUAGUUAUUUGCUGCUGGCAAAGCAUCGCUUCAUGUAAUCUUAUUUUCACAUAAGAGAGCAGAGCAUCACUGCACCUUCUGCCCUUUCUGUUCCAUGCUCCAAUUAAAUGGAUUUCACUGCAGCAGCCUUCUGGCCUAUGGCCGAGGCCUCCCACGUGUUUCUGAGGCUGGGUUAGAUAUGGUUUUGCCAAGCUCCCACUGCAGCCUGAGCAUAUUGUCUUCUCCUGGCAUUUACUGUAUUUUAAAUAUGAUUAUUACUGUUAUUUUAGAGAUGGAUCUUGCUCUGUUGCCCAGGUUGGAGUGCAGUGGCCUGAUCAUAGCUCACUGCAACUUUUUUUUCUUUUUUGAGAGAGUUUUGCUCUUGUUACCCAGGCUGGAGUGCAAUGGUGCGAUCUCAGCUCACUGCAACCUCCGCCUCCUCGGUUCAACUGAUUCUGCCUCCUCGGCCUCCCUAGAAGCUGGGAUUACAUGCAUGCGCCACCACGCCCAGCUAAUUUUUUGUAUUUUUAGUAGAGACAGGGUUAUACUAUGUUGGCCAGGCCGGUCUCCAACUCCUGACCUCAGGCUAUCCACCUGCUUCAGCCUCCUAAAGUGCUGGGAUUACAGGCAUGAGCCACCACAUCCGGCUAAAUCACUGCAACUUUAAACUCUGGGCUCAAGCCAUCCUCCAGCCUCAGCCUCCUGAGUGGCUAGGACUACAGGUGUGUGCCACCAUGCCUGACUACUUAAAAAAAUUUUUUUUGAAGAGACAGGGGUCUCCUCAUGUUCAAACUCCUGACAUCAACAUCGAGCUAUUCUCCCAUCUCAGCCUCUCAAAGUGCUGGAAUUACAGGUGUGAGCCACUGCACCUGCCUGUGUUUACCAUAUUGAACAGUCUGUGUUAGGAUUUGAGUUAUAGUGAGACAUCACCAUAUCUUCUUCAUCCCUAAAGUCCACAACCUAGUAGGCAUUCAAUAACUGGAGAAUUAACGAAUAUAUUAAUUUCCACUUUACAGAUGGGGGCAUUGAGGCACAGUGAGUGCCUCAAUUCAGCACUCUCACCUCCCCUAAUCUUUGUGAGCUCUGGAUUCCUCUUGUAAAAAUAAAGAAUUUUGGAGUUUUUUUUUUUUUUUUUUAAAGAAAGAAAAGAGGGAGAGAGCACAGGAGUCUUGCUCUAUUGCCCAGGCUGGAAUGCAAUCUAGAUGGAGAUUUUUUUUCUAACUACCCAUAUAGCUUAACAACCCAUAUAGCUCAGAGACAGGUGGUUCCGUUUUAUGAUUUUAACAACUCUGCAGUGUUGCCAAAACUCAACAAAGCUCUCUCCAAAGAUGGAGUGAAAUAGUCUCAAGAAGAAAGAUACGAUCAAAGUAACCCACCUUCUGGCAAGAAUGGAAUUCACAUUACACUCCGACCUGGAUCAGGAACGCAGUCCCAACCGCUGAGUAUGAACAUUCACCUGGGGACACUGAAAAAGUAGAAGUUCCUGGGGUUUAUCCCUUCCCUUUCUGGAGUUCCCCAAGUGAUUUUGAAGGAGACCAAUCAGUAUUUAAGGCCUCCUUUUUGGUGUUCUUGAAGAUUACUGAUAACUGACCAGUGGUGGUUAUAUGAAUGGUCUUCAUGUCUUAUUUUAACAUUUGAUUUUAUUUCAUUUAUUUACUUAUUUAUUUUGAGACAGUCUCGCUCUGUUGCCAGGUGCCAGGCUGGAGUGCAGUGGCGUGAUCUUGGCUCACUGCAACCUCUGCCUCCCGGGUUCAAGCAAUUCUCCUGCCUCAGCCUCCCAAGUAGCUGGAGUUACAGGCACGUGGCACCACGCCCAGCUGAUUUUUGUAUUUUUUUUUUGUAGAGACAGGGUUUCACCAUGUUGGCCACGAUGGUCUCAAUCUCCUGACCUCAUGCCCCGCCCGCUUCGGCCUCCCAAAGUGCUGGGAUUACAGGCAUGAGCCACAGCGCCCAGCUGAUUUUAACAUUUUAAACAGUGGGCUGACCCAAACACAGCUCUAUUUGAGCAGCUGGCUUGGCCAGGCCACACAUAUCAUAUGUACCUUUCUGAGACAAGGAAGUUGUCUUCUGCCACAUUCUGAUGGAAUCAGAGACGUGACUAUUGAGGCUGGACUCUUGACCAGUUAGAAAUCAUUUCCUAAUGAGUUAGGUUGGGGAACGGGAAAUGGGCAUGCUGAAAAAACCAAAGAGAAAAAGAAAGGUGAAACCACAUCUUCCUUCUGUUGGGGUGACACUGUCCACAGAGAAAAUAAAAGUUUUUACAUGUUGUGUACAAUAUUACCUCCAUCAGGCAACCUCUUGGUUGAAGCCAAUUAAGAGAUUUUGAGGGUUGCAAAAUGUAAGGAUUGAAUAAGUAUCUCUCUUAGGGUUUAAACGAAAUCCCUCCAGUGUUUAGUAGAACUGGCAAACUAAGGGGUCCUGAUUGCUGAGUAAUUAUGACUUCCUUUCCCCUGAUCUUUGGAGAAGCUUGUUUUUAUUUCUGGUUUGCUCGCUCUCCACACUCCCUCACCCGUCUGCCUGGAUUGGAAGCCAGCCCACCAUAGUUUUCAUUGUGAAAUUCCCGAAGCUGCUAAUAUAUAUAAACAUACGACAGGAUGUUUCCCACAGCUGUGCAUAGUGACUUGGGAGACAGGCCAGAAGGCCUCUUUCUUCAAAUUGGGUGAAUUCUAUAAAGUCUUCAGUUAGGUUUAACAGUAAUUAUACAGUUAUGCAUUUUUAUUUUAAAAGGACUUAAAAAUUUUUCACAAGUUAUAUAUUUUUUAAUCCUUUCCAGGAUUUACUCAACUGAGCAAAAGAUUAAAAGCGAAUGUUUGCUUUACCUUUCUCCAACUUUAGAUUUUAAACAUUUCUCUACAAUUAUUGACAUCUUCCAAAACAGUUUUACAUAUACAGACACAGUUGUGAAAUUCGAGAUUCAUGAUAAAUCUGUAAUGAGAAUUAGAAGCAUGGGCUUCAAGGCCAGCUGGUUUAUUCAGCACUCAAACUCUAGCAUUUAUAUGCCUUGAUGAUUUAUAACAGGUUUAGCCAAAAGAGACUAAUAUUUAAUUUAAUGUUUAAUAUUAUAAGUAUUAAUUUACCUAUAUUAUUUAUUUUUUCGUUACACAAGAAUGGAUCAUUAUACCAAAAAUAAGGUAGAAAUGCCAUGUUCGUUGUUGCUAAAAUAAAAAGUGAACAUUAGGCUGUAGCUGACACCAACUUUGGAUUUCAAAGGUUAAUGUCACAUUUUAUUUUUGCUCCUUCUGGGAGCCUUUCAGCUCUGUCUGUGAGUGCUCCUAAUUCUCUGCCUCUCUCCAUGCCGGUUUGAGUGAAGUAAUUUCUCUCUGCUACUAGACGUCCGGUUUUUUUUUUGAGAGAGGGUAACACUCUGUUGCCCAGGCUGGAGUGCAGUGGUGCAGUAAUGGCUCACUGUAGCCUCGACCUCCCAGGCUCAAGCGAUCCUCUCACUUCAGCCUCCUAAGUAGCUGAGACCGCAAGCACAUGCCCUGCUAAUUUUUGUAUUUUUGGUAGAGAUGGGGUUUUGCUGUGUUGCCCGGGCUGGUCUUGAACUCCUGUGCUCAAACAAUCUGCCCACCUCGGCCUCCCAAAGUUCUGGAAUUACAGUCAUGAGCUAUUACACCCAGCCCUACUAGACUUCUUAUGCUUGGUCCAUAAAAGACUUCUCAAGCUACUUUUGGCCUCCCAAAGUGCUGGGAUUACAGGCAUGAAUCCUGUAAUUUGGAAAUUUGGAAUCUUUCUAAAGUAUCUCAGGAUUCUCGUUACGUGUAAUUUGUGAUUUCUUCUGUUUCUGGGAAAUCCUCUCCCUUGAACAGGGGUUAGACCUAGUGAUGUCCUUCUAUUGAAUAAAAUAUGCCCAUAGUGAUGGGAUGUCACUUCUGAGGUUGGGGCACAGAAACACCCCACUUCCUUCUUGCUCAUGCCGUCUUACCCUAUCACUUGCUGGGAGAGAAGCCAGCUGCCCCAUGGAGAGACAUUCAUGGCAAAGAACUGAAGCCAGCCUCUGGCCGGUAGCCCACAAGGAACGGAAACCUGCCGGAGACCCUGUGAGUGAGCUUGGAGGAGGAUCCUCCCCAGGCCGACCUUUAGAUGACUGCAGCCCUGCCUCACACGUUGAUUGCAGCCUUACCAGGAGACCCUGAGCCAUUGAAACUGACAUUAUAAUACUUGUGGUUCAAACUGCUAAAUUUGGGGGUAUUUUGUUAGGCAGCAAUACAGAGCUAAUACAAGGACAGAGUACGGUGAAAUUAAAGUUGCUGCUUGCCUGUGGGGAGCUCACUAUCUUGUAAAUGCUUCUGUUGUUGACCAUCACGGGGAAGUCAAGGUGUGAAACUAUCAUGUUUGUUAUUUCCUGAUAAGUUUUCAAGCUUCACUUUUCUUCCACCUAUUUUUUUUAUUUUUGUUUAAUUUUUGGAAUAAGUAAUACAUGCAAAUGGUACAACCUUCAAAAUAUACAAGAGGGUGGCCGGGAGCAGUGGUUCAUGCCUGUAAUCCCAGAACUUUGGGAUGCUAAGGCAGGAGGAUCACUUGAGCCCAGCAAUUCAAGACCAGCUUGGCCAACAUGGCAAAACCCCAUCUCUACAGAAACUAUAAGAAAUUAGCUGGGCAUGGUGGCACAUGCCUGUAAUCCCAGCUGCUUGAGAAGCUGAGGUGGGAGGAUCACUUGAGCCUGGGAGAUGGAGGUUGCAGUGAGCCGAGAUCCCACCACUGCACUCCAGCUUGGGCCACAAAAAGAUACCCUGCCUCAAAAAAAAAAAAAAAAAAAAGUCAGUCUUCCUGCCUCCUCUUAGCCCAGUUUCCUAGAUCUCCUACCCAAAGUCACCGGCCAUCACCAGUUUAUUGGUUGUCUUUUUAGAAAUCACCUUUGUGUUUACAAAUGCAUACAUUCUUAUUUCCUUUUUCCUCUGAAACAAAUGAAAGUGGAAUUUGGCUUUCAAUGGCCUGUCUCAGGAAGAUGGUAGAUAUAUAACAGAUUGAAAUCUUACGUAGUUUGUGACUUGGAUUCCAGCAUUGGAUUCCACCUCUCAAUAGAUAAGAAAUUAGCCCGGCUGGGCACUGUGGCUCACACCUGUAAUUUCAUACUUUGGGAUGCUGAGAAGGGCAGAUUGCUCGAACCCAAAAGUUCAAGACUAGCCUGGGAAACAGCAAAAUCCCAUCUCUACAAAAAAAUGUAAAAAUCAGCUGGGUGUGGUGGCACAUGCCUAUAAUCCCAGCCAUAGGCUGGGAGAUCUGGGAGGCUGAGGUGGGAGGAAUUGCUUGAGCCUAGGAGGUCGAGGCUACGGUGAGCUGUAAUCACACCACUUCACUCCAGCCUGGGUGAGACCCUACUUAAAAACAAACAAAAAAAAUAGUUUGAGUAAACAGUUGGAAAGGAAGACAACAGAUUGCAUAACAAUCGGCCUGGAGUAGGACUUAGAGAAACCAUCCGGAGUACUGAAGACAACCAGGUGAAUUGCUUUCGAAGACGCUUCCAGAAUGGAGUAUCUUGUUGACCUUUGGGGGAUUGGUGGGGUGGGGGGGCCCGGUGUGAAAGUAACACCUUAGAAAAUGUCCCAGACAGUUGUCCCAGCCUCUUCUCUUUUCUCUCAUUUUCUAGCCAACUUCUCCCAAAGAAGACUUCAUACUGUGAAAAAUAAUUGCUUUUUUUUUUUUUUUUUUGCAACUUGGUUCCUGUCACUUUUAAGGAUCUGAGGUGAGUUAGACAGGAAACAAGCCCUGAGAACAGAUAUGAAGAGGAAAGAAAAGGGCUUGCUGUUUUAUUUCCCCUCCUUUCUCUCACCUUCGUGGGCAGAUCUGGGUGACUGUGGUUGAUUGUGUGGAUGGGCUCCCAGGCUCCAAAACAAGUCACUCUUUCUCCGCCUGGCCCUGAGACCACCAUCACGCAUCUUAACCUCUUCAUGUCUCUGCUUCCUUUCCACCAGGUGAAGGUCAUUAAACGACAUAAUUAAAAUGACUUUCAGGAAUGGUGGAAGCCUAAUUCACAUGAUCACAGGGAUGCCAGGUGCUACUGUUGCAGUCAUCAGCCCUAAGAUUAUAGCAGCAUGCCAGGCAAGACACAGUGCAGGCAAAGUGGACAGAACUCAGCUGAAAACCAGUGGUAGUUUUGUUUCUGUAAUGUGCAGUAUGGGUUCCAAAUGGAAUUGAAUCAUCAAGUAUGCUUACCUGGUUUGUUGUGCCGAGUAACGAGAUUGGCCAAUCCUUCUUAUUUAUUGUUCGGAAACUAUAGAAGAAAGCAGCCAUCAAAUGAUGAUGGUUCUUCAGUGACUCAUGUGUCCUUUGAUUAGAAUCCAAUGCGGCCUACUCCUUAUCCUAGCAUCGUUACUAGAUAUUGUCUUUUAUUUUGACUAAAGGAGCAUAGGAAUGGAUAGAUUUUUAUUUUUAUUUAUUUAUUUUUUUUUGAGACGCAGUUUCACUCUGUCACCAGUGGCAUGUUCUCAGCUCACCACAACCUCCGAAUCCCGGGUUUAGGCAAUUCUCCUGCCUUGGCCUCCUGAGUAGCUGGGUUUAUAGGUAUACACUACCAUGACUGGCUAAUUUUUAUAUUUUUAUUAGAGAUGGUGUUUCACCACAUUGGCCAGGAUGGUCUCGAUCUUCUGAUCAUGAUCCGCCCUUCCUCGGCCUCCCAAAGUGCUGGGAUUACAGGUGUGAGCCUGGCCAAAUGCGUAGAUUUUAAAGAAAUGCCUAGGCCAGGUACAGUGGCUCAUGCCACCCAGCACUUUGGGAGGCCAAGGAGGGUGGUUCACCUGAGUUCAGGAGUUCAAGACCAUCCUGACCAACAUGGAGAAACCCCGUCACUACUCAAAAUACAAAAUUAGCCCGGCGUGGUGGUGCAUGCCUGUAAUGCUGGCUACUUAGAGGGCUGAGGCAGGUGAAUCCCUUGAACCUGGGAGGCGGAGGUUGCGGUGAGCCGAGAUCGCACCAUUGCACUCCAGCCUGAGCAACAAGAACGAAACUCCGUCUCAAAAAAAAAAAAAAAAGAAAUGCCUAAUUGUUUCACUGCUCCCUGACAGUGAAUCUCUUGCUCUAGGUAGAAUAACCAAUUUUUUAUUUCAGGCUACUCAUCUGUGACCCUGAUAAUAUGGAGUAAGAAUUCCUUCCUCCUUAUUCAUUCCUCUCUCGGUUUCCUUCUUUCUCUUUCUUCCCUUUUUCUCCCUCUCUUCCUUCCUCUUCUCCCCUUCCUUCUCCUCUUCCCUCCAUUCACCUUCUCUCCUUCCUCCUUCCCUCCUACUUUCUUUUUCCUUCUUUCUCCCCUCUCUCUCCUCCUUCCUUCCUUUUCUCUUUUCUAUUUCUGAGACAGAGCCUCCCUCUGUCACCCAGGCAAUGAGUGCAAUGACACAAUCAUGGCUCACUGCAGCCUUGACCCCAGGCUCAAGCAGUCCUCCAACCUCAGCUUCCCAAGUAGCUGGGACUACAGGCACGUGCCAUGAUGCCCAACUAAUUUUUGGACUUUUUGUAGAGAUGGGGUUUCACUGUGUUGCCCAAGCUAGUCUCGAACACUCCAACCCAAGCAGUCCACCAUUCUUGCCCUCCCAAAGUGUUGGGCUUAUGGGUGUGAACCACCACACCUGAACUGCCUGUCUCUCCCUCCUUCUCUUUCUCAUCUACUCUGUAUUAGGCUUGGCCCUGGGCAUUCAUCAUACAGCAAAGAGUCAAGAUCCCUGCCCCCAUGGAGUUGACAUUCUUGUGUGGCGAAGAGAAUAAACACACUAAUAUGCGUUAUUAACAUUUAUCUCAUGUUGAUGAUAUGUGCAAGGAAAAAUAAAUAAGCAUGAAGGGCAAAAGAGGUGAGGGCUUACUAUUUUGUCCGAGUGACUCAGGGAGCCUCGUUGAUAAGGUGACCUUUCGUGCAGUCAACAUCUGUCAGCUAGUUACUGUAUAUUGUACUCUAUUCGAGUGCUGUGGUUGUAGCUAAACAAAAUAAGCAAAAAUCCCUUUGCUUUGGGAGUGUACAUUCUGGUCAGAAGAGAUUAUUAAUAAAUAUUUUAUUUUAUUUUAUUUUUGAGACAGAGUCUUGCUCUGUCGCCCAGGCUGUAGUGCAAUGGCACAAUCUUGGCUUACUGCAAUCUCCGCCUCCCGGGUUCAAGCAAUUCUCCCACCCCAGCCUCCUGAGUAGCUGGGAUUAUAGGCACACGCCACCAUGCCCAGCUCAUUUUUGUAUUUUUUUAGAGACAGGGUUUCACUUUUUGGCCAGGCUGGUCUCAAACCCCUGACCUGAGGUGAUCCACCCACCUCGGCCUCCCAAAGUGCUGGGAUUACAGGCGUGAGCCACCAUGCCCAGCCUAAUAAGUACAUUUUAAAGUCUGAUAGCAGAUGAGAAGUGCUAUGGACACAGUGUAAAGAAGGGGGACUGGCAAGGUUGGGGUUUAAAUAUGGUGGCGAUUGAUUGGGCCCCUAAAAAGGUGACAUUAGAGCUAGGACAAUAAGGUGAGGGGCUAAUCCUUGUGGGUAACAGGAAAGAGCGUUCCAGGUACAGACACUGGGUGGCCCAGGACCAGGGAGGCAGCAGGGUGGCUGGAGAUGAGGACUGAGAGGGGAAGAGAGCACAUAGACUGGGUUUUACUCUGAGAGAAGUGAGAACCCAUUGCAGGGUUUUGAGCCCAGGAGUAACUCCAUCUGCCUUACCUUUGGAUGAAUCAGCCUUGCCUCUGUGCGGGAGUUAGACCGAAGGGCAAAGUGUCUGGGGCUACCUCUGAUCUGGGUGGGGAGAACAGAGCUUCAGCCAAGCCAUCUGCAGGGAGGUGGGGAGAGGUUUUAGGUUCUGGAGACGUUUGGAAGGCAGAGCCUAGGGCUUGCAGAUGGGUAGGGAAGAGGGUGGGAGGGAAGACAAGACUCCAGCGUGACUCUAGGUAUUUUGCAUGAGAGAUGGGUUUGCCUUUUGCUGAUUUGAGGAAGCCUGGGGGAUCAUGGAGUUAUGCAGGAAAUUGAGGGGUUCAGUUUUAGGUUUGAGUAGACACCUGAAGUUUUAAAUGUAGCUUCCUUUGGUAAUAUGGAAACAUUUGGGGGAACCAUCUUCCUCUUAAAUACAGUUCUAAUAAGUGGGUAUAGAAUGUCGGGGCCAAAGUGCAUCUCAACUCAGAGCCUUUGCAGACUUCAGCUGCUUGUAGCAGUUACUCGAGCUAGAAACUGGGCACCUUUUUCAGUGUUUUUCCUCCCAGACCCCCUGCCUGGAUGAAGUGAGUUAUGAAAUGCUGCUUCUGCCUCUGAAAGUUUUGCCAGAAAUCCCAUCCUCUCUGCCUGCACUACCUCAUUAGCCUCCACCUUUAGCCUCUGUUGCCAGAGGGCAGUAGGGAUUUUCCGCAAUCUUAUCUUGCCCACAGAUUAACCCCAUCUCUUCCUGGAGUCCUUGGUCGGGGUUAUCUUUUUUUUUUUUUGAGAUGGAGUCUCACACCAGGCUGGAGUGCAAUGGUGUGAUCUUGGUUCACUGCAUCCUCCACCCCUCUACCUCCCGGGUUCAAGAGAUCUUCCUGCUUCAGCCUCCCAAGUAGCUGGGAUUACAGGUGUGCACCACCACACCUGGCUAAUUUUUGUGUUUUUGGUAGAGAUUCCUUAGUAGAGUUUGUUCCACCCACCUCAGCCUCCCAUAGUGUUGGAAUUACAGGCAUGAGCCACCCCACCUGGCCUAGGGUUGUCAUUUCUAAAAUGCAGAUCUGAUGAGAACAGCCCCUGUUGCGGAGGCCCCAGCUCUUUCCACAAAUGAUUCCUGCACUUCUGCUGCUCACCUCCCACCUCCUCACCUCUGCAGAUGCUUCAACUUCAGGGCCCAAUUCACUUAUUCCAGAAUAGCUUCCUGGGCCCUGUUCCCUGCUCUGUGUCCUCACUGUCCCCGUUACUUCACCACAGCAGACAUGCUUCUGUGGGCUGAAUUCCUAGUGUUUGCCUUGCCCCAGACUUAAGCUUCAUGGGGACAGGAGCCAUAUCACUCACCAGCAGCUAACGGAAUACCUGCCACGUGGUCAGGAGGUGUUUGUGCAAUGCAUGGGAGGGUUCAAAUGGCCUCUCCCUGCUUAACACAAAUUCCAAAUGCCUCUAGCACCCAGUGCCUUCCCAGCCCUGCCUCUGCCUAUUUUCCAGUCUCCUUCUAACUCUCUUCUUCCUCCUCCCCCAGCGACUGACACUUUAGUAACUCUACACUAAUGAUCCUUUGUGCCUUCUGGGCUGCGGAAUAUUUGCCCCCCGGGAUUCUUUUCCCGAAAUGCCUUUCUCCUCUCACUUUCCGUCUCCCAACCAGAUAGUGGCCUGGCUUGAGGCUUUGACCUUCAAGGCCAACUCAACAUCCCUCUUCUCUCUCUCCAUCCCUGACCAUCAGGAAUAAUUGACUGUUUUCUCCUCCAGUUCUCCUGCUAGCAAUACUUACCAUGAAUGUCACGGUAAGGUGUUUAUUGCCACUGUUCUUACGUAAACUACGUGCUUACGAGGAUGGGGUGUAUAUUUCAUGUGUUACUUUAGAUACUGCGUAACUUUAUAUACAUAUAUACUUAAAGUACUAUAUAUAUUUUGUAGAUAUAUAUAAUGCAUAAUUUGUUUAUUGGAUUGAUUAGGGGGUAGUAGAGGAACAGUGGAAUUUUACAUUUUAGGAGACUUGUUCCUUAUAAUUAUCUUAGCUCUUUUGUUUUGUUUUGUUCUUUUUGAGAUGGAGUUUUGCUCUUGUUGCCCAGGCUGGAGUGUAAUAGCACAAUCUUGGCUCACUGCAAGCUUCACCUCCCGAGUUCAAGGGAUUCUCUUGCCUCAGCCUCCCGAGUAGCUGGGAUUACAGGCAUGGGCCACCAUGCUCAGCUAAUUUUGUAUUUUUAGUGGAGAUGGGGUUUCUCAGUGUUGGUCAGGCUGGUCUCAAACUCCUGACCUCAGGUGAUCUGCCCGCCUUGGCCUCCCUAAGUGCUGGGAGCACAGGCGUGCUCUUUUGCAAAGCACUGUUAUGUAACAAAAUUACAGGUUUGAACUCAGAAAGCUUGCAAAGUUUCUGUUUGUUUUGUUUUUAGCAUAACUUGAGGGAGAUUUCUAAGUGUUAUGUAGGUUCGGUUAACCAACCUAACAUGGUUUUUAGGAGUAUAAACAUAGAGACGUCUGCUGGAUAAUCAGUAUGCUGACUGUAGUUUUAAUCAUGAAAAUUGGGGUGGGAACAGCUAAAGGCAGAGCUAACUGGUUUCCUCGCAGGUAUUUAUCAUGAGUUGUGUGCCUUAGGCUGUGUUCCCUUUUGAAUGUGGUUUUUCUGGUUGUUCUGACAGCACUGCUAAGUGUGCGCUUUAACGUUACUGGAUAAAUUAUAUUGCUUGAUACCACUCAUAUCUUUGGAAACUGGAUGUGUUCUGAUCAGCUCAUUGAUUUCCAAUCUGUAGAAUUACAGUAAAAUUUAGACCUGAGACCAUGCAGAGCCUCCUGGUGCUGUCUGUGGCCUGAGUGUAUCAAAAGAUGCCUGGACAGCACAUUACUUAACAAACAGAAAACUGCCACUGGUGUUUGAAGUGCCGAUGCCCAAACAUCAGUCUAGUCAGCCUGGUUUUUGGAAGCUUGAUUAAGGGAAACUUGGUAAUCUCAGACCAUUUAGGAAUUAAAAAGAAAGUGAAUUGAAGGAUCAGGAAGUAAGGGAAUUGACUAGGGAUAGGAGAUGCACCAUGCUCAGUGCUGAGAGAGGUAGGUAGACUAUGUCAUGCUUAAUAAAACUGUCUGAAUGCGUGAUGGACUACUCCCAUAUAAAGGAGGUAGUCUGUCUCCUACAUAAACAGCUCCAUUUUGAAUUUAGGGAGAAGUUGUGAUAUAAGACUUGCCAUCUUAAUUCUGCCAUUAGUUGUGAUUAGCAUUAAAGGCAAAUUUCUUCCUGAUAAAAAUUCAAGUCCAGGCCAGGUACAGUGGCUCACGCCUGUAAUCCUAGCACUUUAGGAGGCUGAGGUGGGUGGAUUACUUGAAGAGGAGUUCAAGACUAGCCUGGCCAACAUGGUGAAACCCCAACUUUACUGAAAAUAAAAAAAAGUAGCUGGGUGUAGUGGUGUAGCCUAUAAUCCCAGCUAUUAGGAGACUGAGGCAGGAGAAUCACUUGUACCUGGGCAGCAGAGGUUGCACUGAGCCUAGGUUGUGCCACUGCACUCCAGCCUGGGCAACAGUUAGACUCCAUUAUAAAACAAAAACAAACAAAAUUCACAUCCAUGUUCCUAGAAUGGUGACUCUAACUCAUGUCUGACUGUCCUUAACAUUGGGGCAUGUUGACACGUUUUCACCUCCAGGUAUGUUGCCAGGAACUCGUGAUCUGCCGCAGUAGGCAGGCCCCAGAGUACCUGACCCCUCCAUGUGGUUUGCCCCUGAGCAGUAGCUGCCCACUGGCUGGCUUGCUGUGCAUUUCAAGGUCCCUGUCUCAGCCUCUCCUCCUCCUCUAGCCCAUUUCUACCCCUCUGGAGCUCCUGCCUCAAUAAUUUGGCUCCAGGGGUACCAUGUUCUGAGGGCAGGCUGGCCGGAGGCAGGAGAAAGGAGCCUUGUGUCUCAUGGAGUGAGGACAAUCCCAAACUAGAUGGAGGCAUCGCAAUGGUGACUAAAUUCUGUAGUGCCACUGCAUAUAAAACACAGGCCUAUCAAGGCAAGUGGCAUUUUGUGGACUGCUCUGGAAAGAUCUAAACAAAUUUUGAGCUAUCUAACUGAAAUGUGAAAUCUUAGACUGCAGUUCUCAUUGGCAGCUGGGGUGGGUGGGCACCCAGGGAGGCCUGCUGGGCUGAGGCACAGAAAUUCUGCCUGAGUGCAAGAAAAAGUAGUUCUCAUUAGCCGGGCAUGGUGGCACGAGCCUGUGGUCCCAGCUACUCAGGGGGCUGAAGCGGGAAAAUCACUUGAACCUGGGAGGUGGAGGUUGCAGUGAGCCAAAAUUGCACCACUGCACUCCAGCCUGGGUGACAGUGAGACCCUGUAUCCAAAAAAAAAAAAAAAAAAAAAAAAAAACCAAAAAAGCAGGAGGGUUUUAUGAGCAGGGUGCUGGGCUGGCUGGGUUAAAUCUGGGCUCUACUGCACACUUGUGAGACCAUGGACAAGUUCUUGGUCUUAGUGUCUUCAUUUAUACAAAGGGAAUAACAGGACCUACCUCAUUGAAUCCUUGUACAUUUAAAUGCAUUUGUGUUUGUUAAAUGCUUGGGAUGGUACUUGAUGUGUAGCAUUAGCUCAAUAAAUGCUAGCUGGUGCUAUCAUUAAUACAUUAUGAUAUUAGAAUUACAAAUAAAAGUUCUUGGAUCAGAUCUACUAUUUGCUGUGCAUUUGGGAUACCCGGGGCUCAGUGCUCCUGAAUAAGCUUACUUUUCCCAUACUCAACUCAAUUAUCUACUCUGGAGUCAUCUUUGGCUGUUUCUUGCCAUUUGAGAUAGUCCAGUGGCAUUUGUGGUCCUUUAAAAAAUCAAUUUAGAGGGAGAUAUUUGCAUUUCAUAAAUUAAGGCUCUAACCAGUUGCCUGCUGGCUUAAUGAAGUCUAGCAAUUUCCUGCUUUACCCCAGUGCCUCCAAGGAGCCUUGCACUGAAUUUCUUGCUGGUGGAUAUUGAUUUUAACUAAACUUGGAAUUGGUGAAUGAAUGGUCUCCCCUUCGCAGUGGGUUUUGGGUGGGAAGGCCCAUGGGCAUACCUGGAAAGGCUCUAGAGGAACUAGCUUUAUUUGAACCCAAGGAAGGGGUUUAAUAGCAGAGCAGGGAGAAGGGAGCCCAACAGAUCUGGCAGAGCUGACCCAGGACGAGAUACAGCUCUGAGGACGGAGUCGUCGCGGGGCAGACAGAAUGCAUGGCUCCGGGGGAUGGCAGCCAAGCCCACUGGCCAUUGGAGGUUUUGAGCAAUGCAGAUACUUGGCUCUGCCUUUUUUCUGAGCUGCUCCUCCCCUUAACAUGCCUGGGUCAGACGAUGGUUGAGCAAGGAAGGUAUACUGUCUGAGUACACUUCCCAAAGCCACCUGUCCCUCACCAUCAAAAUCAGGAUACUCAGCCACCCGCCUUACUCACUGGGAAGCUGCCCACCUGACCCUUCAUGGGAGGUGGGAGUUGGGCUCUUUUUAUCCAGGCUGGUCAAGUCCUUGCUGAGCAGCUGGGAAAACAAGAGCACCUCUCAAUUUUUUUAUUCGUGGAAAUUAUCACCUACCUCUUGCUUCUCAGGCUUUUUAACUGGUUACAGUGUUUGCUGCUGCAGUCAGCCCAAGGGUUAAGCCUUUCUCUUGGGUGUGUGUUUCAUUUUACAUCCUUGGACUAGCAUGGACUGGGCAUGCAACCAUCUCUUGUGUUUUAUUUUUAGAACUUAGAGUAAGGAUUAGCUAUGUAAUAUUUUGAAUCCUUCAUACUGACUUCUAUAAAAUACACAAUAGAGAAAGCUCUAAAAGCUUAGGUUUUUUUUUUUUUUUUUUUGGAACAUAAGCCAUAAAAAUAGCCUUUUAGAAUUCUAACCUGGAGUGUAUUUUCUUCCCUCAAUUCCCUUGGCUGGUUAUUUUUAGGAUUUAGGGAUGGCUUUGGAGACUAGGUGUGAAUCUAGGAUUCAUACCUAUUUGUGGCUUAAAAAAAAAUUUUUUUUGAGACAGAAUCUCACUCUGUUGCCCAGGCUGGAGUUCAGUGAUGCAAUCUCGGUUCACUGCAACCUCCACCUCCCAGGUUCAAGCAAUUCUCCUGCCUCAGCGUCUCCAGUAGCUGGGACUACAGGCACACACCACCACAGCUGGCUAACUUUUCUAUUUUUUAGUAGAGGAAAGGGUUUCACUGUGUUGGCCAGGUUGGUCUCAAUCUCCUGACUUCAGGUGAUCCACCCACUUUGGCCUCCCAAAGUGCUGGGAUUACACACAUGAGCCACUGCUCUCAGUCAAAAUUCCUUAUAUCUCAUAAAAGUGAUAUCUAGGAUAUUUGUAGAUUGUAUAUAAUGUAUAAUUGUUAAUUGUCUAGCUUUAUACUCUAUAGAUUUUUUAAAAAUCCAUUUAGAGCUCUGUGUGUAUAAAUUCGUAUGUGUGUAUGUUUUCAUGAAUGAAGACCUAACAAGUUGCUUGCUGGCUUCAUGUGGUAGAACCAGAAUACCUGGCAAGUCUUAGGUCUAAUCCUAAUUAUACUUCAUUUCCUGGACCAGUGCUGGCUAAGGGAACUUUCUGGGAUAAUGCAUGUGUUUUGCUUUUUUUUUUUUUUGAGACGGAGUUUUGCUCUUGUUGCCUAGGCUGGAGUGCAAUGGCACCAUCUUGGCUCACUACAACCUCUGCCGGCUCCCCCCACGACCCCAGUUCAAGCAACUCUCUUACUUCAGCUUCCCAAGUAGCUGGGAUUACAGGUGCACACCACCACGCCUGGCUAAUUUUUUUUAUUUUAGUAGAAACUGGGUUUCACCAUGUUAACAAGGCUGGUCUCAAACUCCUGACCUCAGGUGAUCCGCCUGCUUUGACCUCCCAAAGUGCUGGGAUUACAGGCAUGAGCCACCGUGCCCAGCCCAAAGGUGUUCUGUUUCUAGCCACUAGUCACAUGUAGCUGUUGAACACUUGUAAUGAGGCUGGUGCAACUGACGAUCUGACUUCUAAUUUUAGUUAAUUUAAUAGCCGCACAUGGCUAGUGGCCACUGUAUUGGAUGGCACAAUGGCCUUGGAUUGUUCUUACCUGAGCAGCAGAAGGCUUUCAGAGGAACUGGAGCUUGGGUUGUGUGAGAUGGUCCUAGAAUUAGAGGGGCAUGUACCACUGCCCCGUUUCCCACCAGCUCAGGCUGUGACUCUACUGGACCCAUGCCUUCUCUCAGAAGUGAUAAGCUCACCUUGGUUCUUAGUGCUUCAGUUCUUGAAUGUUGCAAGCCUGCCUGAGGUUGGCUCCUUGUUACCCUGUGAAUAAAGUCUAGGCUCCUAAUGCCCUUUUUGAUAGACCUCACCUCUCUCUUCCUUACUUAUUACUUUCCCAUCACUCUCCAACUGCCCAUGACACAGAAAGAUUUGCAAUUUCAAGAACAGGCUGUUCUUACCUCUAAACCUACACAAAUCGAACACUGUCCACCUGAAAUACUCUGUCCCUUCCAUGCACCUGUCUGAGUCCUACAUAUCCUCUAGGUCUCAGGCUAGAUCUCAAUUUCUGCAAUGCCUCCUCUGGGAAAGGCUUUCUUGACCUCUCCUAGGACAGAUGGGUGCCUUUACCUACUGUGUGUCCUGGGUGGAUUCCCAUCACAGCACACUUAAUUGAAAUUACUUAUUUACCUACAAGUUCUUCCUCCUGCCCUAGAGCUUCUUAAAGUGUGGCCCCUGUACCAGCAGCAUCGGCGUCACCUGGGAACUUGAUGGAAACGCAGAGUCUCAGACCCCAGCCCAGACUUCCUGAAUCAGAAAUCCUGAGGGUACAGGCUGCAAUUUGUGCUCAACAAGCCCACCAGAGGAUUUUCAUAUGUGCUAAAAUUUGAGAACCAGUGGGCUGGACCCUUAGCCUGAUGAAAGUAGGGUCUGUGAUUUUUGAAUUUUGAUUCGCCUACUUUUAGCACACUGCCUGGCUAGAACUCGAGAAACAGCCAGAAAGGAAAUUCCAGAUAUUCUUUCAGCAACUUGUCUGGUCAGGAAAUUUUUUUGUAGUUGAAAUCACUUUAAAUCUCUUCUCCUUUUUCCAAAGGAGAUGAAGAACAACUGAGUACUUUAAAAAAUUUAUUGUCACCUGGGCGUGAUGGCUCAUACCUGUAAUCCCUGCACUUUGGGAGGCCUACAGAGGUGGAUCACCUGAGGUCAGGAGUUUGAGACCAGCCUGGGCAACAAGGUGAAACCCCGUCUCUACUAAAAUACAAAAAAAUUAGUCGAGUGUGGCGGCAGGCACCUGUAAUCCCAGCUACUGGGGAGGCUGAGGCAGGAGAAUCACUUGAACCUGGGAGGUGGAGGUUGCAGUGAGCUUCGAGGAAAGAGCAAAACUCCAUCUCAAAAAACCAAACCUUAUUGUGGUAAAAUAUACACAACAUACAGUCUACCAUCUUAACUAUUUUUAUUUUAUUUUACUGAGACAGAGUCUCACUUUGUCGCUCAGGCUGGAGUGCAAUGCAUGAUCUCACUGCAACCUCCCCCUCCUGGGUUCAAGCAAUUCUCCUGCCUCAGCCUCCUGAGUAGCUGGGAUUACAGGUGCUGACCACCACACCUAGCUAAUUUUUGUAUUUUUUAGUAGAGGCAGUGUUUCACCACGUUGGCCAGGCUGAUCUCAAACUCCUGGCCUCAAGUGAUCCACCCAUCUCGGCUUCCCAAAGUGCUAGGAUUACAGGUGUGAGCCACCACACUCUGCGUUAAGCAUUUUUAAUUGUAUGCAUCAGUGGCUUUAAGUGCAUUCACAUGGCUGUGCAGCCAUCACUGCCAUCCACCUGUAGAACCUCUUCAUCUUCUCCAGCUGAAGCUCUGCACUCAUUAAACAACUCUCCUUCCUUCCAACCCUUGGCAACCAACAUCCUACUUUGUCUCUGAAUUUGCCUACUCUGCGUUCCUCACGUAAGUGGAAUCAUACAGCAUGUGUCCUUCUGUGACUGGUUUAUUUUACUUAGCGUAAUGUCUUCAGAGUUUAAUCCAUGUUGUAAGAUGCAUGUGCCAGGAUUUCCUUUUUAAGGCCAAAUGACAGUUCCUUGUCUAUAUACCACAUUUUGCAUAUCCAGUUAUCAGACAGCAUUUGGAUUGUUUCUACCUCUUUUCUUUUGUGAAUAUUACUGUUGUGAUCUACUGUGUAGAUUAUAUAUGUAUAAUAUCUGCUUGAAUUCCUGCCGUCAGUUCUGUUGGGUAUAUAUCCAGAAAUAGGAUUGCUAGAUCCUAUGGUAAUUCUAUGUUUAAUUUCUUGAGGAACCACUAUACUAUUUCCCACAGUGGUAGCAUCUGGGCUCACUGCAACCUUUGUGUCCCUGCCACCCCCAGUUCAAGUAACUCUCCUGCCUCAGCCUCCCAAGUUGCUGGGAUUACAGGUGCACACCACCACACCCAGCUAAUUUUUUGUAUUUUUAGUAGAAACGGGUUUCAGCAUGUUAGCAAGGCUGGUCUUGAACUCCUGACCUCAGAUGAUCCACCCUCUUUGGGCAGAUCUGGGGAGGCUGAGGCAGGAGACUCACUUGAACACAAGAGAUGGAAGUUGCAGUGAGCUGAGAUUGCACCACCACAUUCCAGCCUGAGCUGCAGAGCAAGUCACUGCAUCCCCCCCCCCAAAAAAAAAAAAAACAAAACAAAAACAAAGAAGGCUUCCCAGGGCAGGUGGCUGCGCAGACAGUCGUGGUAGAGGUGACCACAGCCACAUAAUGUCCAUAGUUUGUUCACUCGUCCAUGCCAAAUGGAUCAUGGGGGAGGUGACUGGGACAAAAAUGCAGAAGACUGCUAAGGUGAAAGUGACCAGGCUUGUUCUGGAUCUCUAUUUAUUAAAGUAUUAUAAUAAGCGGAAAACCUACUUUGCCCACGAUGCCGGUCAGCAGUGCACAGUUUGGGAUAUCAUGCUUCUUAGAGCUUUACCUGUUCCACGCACAAAGCAUUUGAAACAUGAACUGGCCAAGAUCAUUUUCAAAGUUGGAAAGGUCAUAGAUCCAGUGACAGGAAAGCCCUGUGCAGGAACUACCUACCUGGAGAGUCCGUUGAGUUCCGAAACCACACAGCUAAGCAAAAAUCUGGAAGAAUUCAAUAUCUCUUCAGCACAGUGAAGGAGGAGUGGAAGAAGGCACUACAGGGAAAGACUGACAUGUUUAUGUUAUGGAAAAAGACAUUUUUCUAAGUUUCAUUGCCAAAAAAAAAAAAAGAAUAGUGAAGAAUUGUGUCAGAGGAAGACAAAGUUUUCCAAACUUUCUUAAAUGUACUUUCUUGGUCAAUUAUAACCUAUACAUUGAGUACCUAUCAUGUGAUAAGUUGUUGUGUUAAAAAAUAAAUGACAUUGGCUGGUGGCGGUGGCUCCCCAGCACUUUGGGAGACCAACGCGGGCAGAUCACGAGGUCAGGAGAUUGAGACCAGCCUCACCAACAGGGUGAAACCCUGUCUCUACUAAAAAUACAAAAAUUAGCUGGGUGUGGUUGUGCGUGCCUGUAAUCCCAGCUACUCAGGAGGCUGAGGUAGAAAAUUGCUUGAACCUGGGAGGCGGAGGUUGUAGUGAGCCAACAUCAUGCUGCUGCACUCCAGGCUGGGCAACAGAGUGAGACUCCAUCUCAAAAAAAAAAAAGGCAUCAAUAGAAUUGAUUCCAGUAGGUUCUGUUUAGUUCUAACAAACUUGAAAAUGUUUGUUAGAUUUGAAAAAAAAAAUGCAUAUAAAAUCUUAAAUGUUGAAAUGUUACCUCUUGUUUCUGAUACAAUGUAUGGAAACACAGCUCUAUCUUAGAGUACAAUUUUUUAACAACCAUUUUAUUCUUACAAUCAAUCCUAAGAAAUAAUUUGAUAACAGUGCAAAAAUGUAUGUUUAAGGAGCUUCAUUGCUAAGAUUCUCAUUCUUUGAACUCCAGACUUUCUUAGAACUCAAGUGCCAGUUAUCUUUGGAUCAAGAGAAGUAAUCUCUAUCCACAUCUGGUUGCUAUGUUUCAGAUUUGUAAAAGAUUGUGCAAGGCUGUAAAGACACAGAACCUGUGAAUUACUGUGUUUGGGAAGCACAUUCCUUUAUCAGGAAAUCAUGGGUUUGGUAGUUUAAGUAACAGAGAGUAUAGUCUGUAGGAAAGGUACUCCAAGUGCUAAAAAGGAGCAAUUACCUUUGGGAGGCCGAGGUGGGUGGAUCACGAGGUCAAGAGAUCGAGCCCAUCCUGGUCAACAAGGUGAAACCCCCGUCUCUACUAAAAAUACAAAAAUUAGGUGGGCACAGUGGUGCGCACCUGUAGUCCCAGCUACUCGGGAGGCUGAGGCAGGAGAAUUGCUUGAACCCAGAAGGUGGAAGUUGCGGUGAGCCGAGAUUGUGCCAUUGCACUCCAGUCUUGGUCACAACAGCGAAACCCCGUCUCAAAAAAAAAGGAACAAUUACAAAGCAAAAAAGUAGGCUCGUAUUUAUGGUGCUGGGCACAUAAACUGUAAAUAUCUUUGAUUUGUCAUCACUUGAGGAUCAGGGCGUAUAAUCAGCCUAUCACUCUCCUCUUCUGGCCUCUACUGUGUGUUCUACUCUUGAGAGUAAGAGCUAACCCAGGAGGGCAUUCUUUCAACCAGGUAGCACGUGUGUCACUAUCCAUUUGCCCACCCCCAUAGGAUGCACACCACAAAGAAUGAACCCUGGUGAACUACGGACUUCAUGUAAACUAGGGACUUUAGUUAAAAUAUGUCAUUAUUGGGGCUGGGCACAUUGGCUCACACCUGUAUGACUUUGGGAGGCUGAGGUGGGCAGAUCACUUGAGGUCAGGAGUUCAAGAGCAGCCUGGCCAUGGCAAAAUCACAUCUCUACUAAAAAUAUAAAAACCAGGUGUGGUGGCAGGCACCUGGAGUCCCAGCUACUCAGGAGGCCGAGGCAGGAGGAUCACUUGAACCUGGGAGAUAGAGGUUGCAGUGAGCCAUGAUCACACCACUGCCCUAUAGCCCGGGUGACAGUGUGAGACCCUGUCUCAGAAUACGUAUAUAUACAUACACACACACACACACACACACACACACACACACGUGUAUAUAUGUAUGUAUGUAUAUAUAUCUCAUUAUGGGUGCAUCAGUUGUAACAAAUGUACCACUCUAAUGCAAGGUGUUAAUUGGGUAGACUAAGUCAUGGGGCUGAAAGGAUAUGUGGGAAUUCUCUGUACUUGCCACUCCAUUUUUCCAUAAACCUAAAACCAUUCAGUAAUAGCCCAUUUAAAAAAUAGGAAAAGAAAACAUCUAUAGAAUUAGGAAAUUUAGUGCCAGAAAGGACCUCAGCCCUCUUCUGGAGAAACACAGGGACAGACUUUCCCUGUUCCCCAUUCUAGGUUCAGUAGGUUGGGUUCAGGUUCAACAAUCUAUUGCUAAUAAAAGCAUACUGUAAGAUUCUGACGUGUGGUCACAUCUUAGAAUCAUUGAUCUGGUUGAGAACCCCCACUGACAGUUGAUAACUGGAACCUAGGUGAGGAGGUGACCUGCUAAGUCCAUACAGCUCGUGGUACCAUGCUAGAGAGUAGAGGAUAGGUCUCUCCCACUCACUGUCUUAUCUCAAGGACCUUCAGAGAGGCCAUUGCAUUUGAAUCUAAAUAUUUCUUGAAGGAUCGAUGGCACAGUUGCCCUGAUAGCAACAGCAACAACGCAGGGUUGGUGCGAUGGCUCACGCCUGUAAUCCCAGCAUGUUGGGAGGCCAAGGUGGAAGGAUGCUUGAGGCUAUGAGUUCAGGACCAGCCAGGGCAACAUAGCAAGACCCUGUCUCUACAAAAAUUAAAAAUUAGCGGGGUAUGGUGGUACAUGCCUAUAGCCCCAGCUACUCAGGAGGCUGAGGCAAGAGAGUCACUUGAGCCCAGAAGUUCAAGGAUGCGGUGAGUCAUAAUCACGCUACUGCACUCCAGCCUCGGCCACAGAGUUGACACCCUGUUUCUAAAACAAACAAACAAACAAAAAAACAGAGAACAACACCAAACAACGUAGACUUCCCCUUUGGAGUACUCCUCUGUCUUUGUUUGGAGAAAAUACUUUUUAGCAAGCUGCUUAUCUGUGAAGUUGAAGACCUUUUUAUGACUUUUUCCACUUUCAGUAACAAAGGUGCUCAUUGGUUCCUGAUUCUAGGACAUGUUUAUUCAGCUAGACUUACUGAUCCACAUAAAUGCUUUCUCUAGAGCAAGUUAGAAUCUAUUAAGUGCAGAUUUUGAGUGUGGGAAUUGUGUCUAUUAGGUAUAUUUCUCUUUUUCAGAAAUAAUUGUUAGACUUUAAAAUGUUCGAUUUACAACAUAUACUAAAAAUCAUCUUCCAGCUGGGCGCAGUGGCUCACACCUAUAAUCCCAGCACUUUGGGAGGCUGAGGUGGGCAGAUCACCUGAGGUCAGGAGUUUGAGACCAACCUGGCCAACAUGGUGAAACGCCAUCUCUACUAAAAAUACAAAUAUUAGCCGGGCAUGAUGGUGGUGCGCGCCUGUAAUCCCAGCAACUCCGGAGGCUGAGGCAGGAGAAUCGCUUGAACUCGGGAGGUGGAGAUUGCAGUGAGCCAAGACCGUGCUACUGUACUCCAGCCUGGGCAACAGAGCAAGACUCCAUCUUUUUUUUUUUUAGAUGAAGUCUCACUCUAUUGCCCAGGCUGCGGUGCAGUGGCACAAUCUCAGCUUAUUGCAAUCUCUGCCUCCCGGAUUCAAGCCAUUCUCCUGCCUCAGUCAGCCUCCCAAGUAGCUGGGAUUACAGAUGCAUGCCACCAUGCCUGGCUAAUUUUUGUAUUUUUAGUAGAGAUGGAGUUUCAUCAUGUUGCUCAGGCUGGUCUCAGACUCCUGACCUCAGGUGAUCCACCCUCCUCAGCCUCUCAAAGUGCUGGGAUUACAGGUGUGAGCCACUGUGCCUGACCAACUCCAUCUUAAAAAAAAAAAUAAUCUUCCUUAUUACCUUGGUGAACAAAGAGGAGGAUAUAGCAUAGCCACAUUUCCCUGUCAGAAGCUUCAUGAAGAUAAGAAGAGGUUUCAGGAGGUUUGGGUUAAGUUCUAGAACAUGCGUUACUCUUGGGCUGGAUCUUCUGGAAGCCACUAGCUGCUCUUUCCCUUAAAGGAAACCAUUGCUCAGUUUGGUGAAGGGUAGAAGAGCACAGGCAAAGGUGGAGAUGGGCUGGCCGUGGAGGGGGUUCCUCAGGCAUCUCUGGAGCUGCAGGCUCUGUUCCCAGCUGGUGAGGUCUUAGGGACAGACCCUUUCCCUCUGCUGGACCUAGGACUGGUAGAAGCAGAAGCUACUCAAUUAUCUCAUCCACUCCGGCAGUAUCCCAGAGUGAUGGUGUUUAUGAACUGUUACUCCUGACACUUUGUUAAUCAUGAUAUUACUGUACUGAAUUUAUCUGUGACUUUCUUCCACUUACGUCUCUACUGCACAUUAAAACCACUAUGUGGGAGGAUAAUUUUUAGUCAUCCCCCCCCCCCCCCCCGCCACCUUUGUACAUUGCAGAGAUUGGCCAACGUGGAAUAUCCAGAUACCGCAGCACCAGCCUCCUCCUUGCUGGUGUGUAGAGGGUUUGGAGUGAUAGCUUCUUUCUAACACCUUUGAACCUGAGUGUUGCUGACAAAGUGAGUGGACUUCCUAGCAGCUCUCCCGUGUGUUGGGAAUGGUAGGAGGGCAACUGCCAGAGAUGAUCGAGCUGCUGUUGGCUUGCACAGGGCAGGACUAGGAACUUCCCGACAGUGAUGGUAGCCUGUUCUGAGUCAUCCAAAUACCUUUUCUUUUCCUGGUUCCAGAUUAUCUGUCAGGGAUUAAAGGUUCACAGAGUGAUUUUUUAAAAAACUCUCAGUGAAUAUUUACUUAGUUGCUACUAUUGGAGUGACCACCUUAGAUUGAAAUUUUGCCAGCAGGGCGCAGUGGCUCAUGCCUGUAAUCCCAGCACUUUGGGAGGCCGAGGCAGGCAGAUCACCUAAGGUCAGGAGUUCGAGACCAGCCAGGCCAACAUGGCGCAAAAAAAAAAAAAAAAAAAAAAGAAAAAGAAAAAAAAUUUUGCUCUUGUCUAGGUCCCUGGAGUCAUAAGUGUCUUGCCUAGAGGUUGAUAAAUUCACUGCAGUACUAUUCUAACCCUAGUUAAAACUGAGUCCUUAAAGGAAAGCUAGACGUUAAGGGACUGGGGUGGUUCCUUGUGAUAAGGAACCGGACAUUUGUGAUGUCUUAAAAGUGUCUCCCGGCCGGGCGUGGUGGCUCAUGCCUGUAAUCGCAGCACUUUGGGAGGCCGAGGCAAGCAGACCAUGAGGUCAAGAGUUGGAGACCAGCCUGGCCAACAUGGUGAAACCCUGUCUCUACAGAAAAUACAAAAAUUAGCUUGGCAUGGUUGCCUGCACCUGUAACCCCAGCUCCUCAGGAGGCUGAGGCAGGAGAAUUGCUUGAACCCAGGAGGCAGAGGUUGCAGUGAGCUGAGAUUGUGCCACUGCACUCCAGACUGGGUGACAGAGCGAGACUGAGACUCCAUCUCAAAAAAAAAAGUGUCUCCCCACAAAUUACAAGUUCAAAAAAUAUGUACAUUAGAGAAAUCAGACAACACAUUGACCACAUGACCAAAGUAUAAAAUCAAAAUGCAGUCACUGACAAGAGGCAGAGACCUCAUGUGCCUCCAGAUGUCACCUAUGUGAUGUUCCAGCAGGAGCCAAGAACUUGAAUUCAAUCAUGAGGAGAUGACAGGGAAAGCUGGAAGGUGGGAGGUUCUGUUUAAAGAGAGAGAGAGAAGGGACACCAUAUUCUUUUAAUGUCAGUGUUGUAAUUGACAAAUACAGGUUGUAGAAAUGUUUCAAAUUAAAGGAAUGGCUACUUAAAGGGACACCUGGAGGAAAAAUAAUACUAUAACUGACAUCACUGGGUCAAUGACAAAAGUCAGACUGUUAGAUAACUGCAAAUGUUAUUAUUAAACUGUGUAAAGUUGAUAAUUCUACUGUGAUUAUGUAAGAGAAUGUGAAAGACUACCCCUGGAGUAUUUAGGGGUAAAGGGGGAUGAUGAACCAUGUAACUUGAGCUCAAAUGGUUCCACAGGGAGCCUGGUGUCCGGCAGCACGCAAGUCCUCUUCAGCUGUCUGUCGCUGACAGUGCUGCCCUAUUCAUUAUGUUAUGGCUGGGGAUUGGAUCGAAUUGGAAUCACACUGCUGUGACCCUGUAGAGAACGGGAGAGAACAUGGGAUUCUCUGUUUUUAAGGCCUGUAGACGAUUAGAAUAUUGAUCACCUCUAACCGCUUUUUAAACAGUUAAAAGUUAAAAGCUCCCUUUGGGAGCUUGCCUGUGUAAACUUAGGUGAGGCCAGGCAGCUGACCAGAGAGGGAGACCAGCCCAGGAGUCGCAGAUAAUGACUACCUCAGUCAUUAAACACACAAGUAAUCCAGAAUGCACUUGAUUAAGCAGUCAAUGUGAAACUGUCAAAACCAUAGGCCAUUUUAACAAGGCUUUAACUUCACAAAUGGAACACUUCGUGAAUUCGUGUGUCAUCCUUGCACGGAGGCCAUGCUGAUUUUCUCUGUAUCAUUCCCGUUUUAGCAUAUGUGCGGCCGAAGCAAGCACAUGUCAAGGAUUUUUUUUUAAAUCUGGGUAGGGAAAAAAUUAAGAGAUUUAGCCUGUGUUAUAAUCUUUCCCUUCCCAAAUGUCGAUAUUGUUAUAUAAUGCAUGAAGUUUACCAUUUAUGUAGGAUGCAAGCAUUAGAACAAUUUAAUAAGGCAAUUCUGAUGAGAGUGUAACAUGAACAUAUGAAUAGGUUCAGCUCUGGGUUCUCCAAUGCACAAUUACACAUUGUUGGUAAACAACCUGAGACUCUUUUAGGCUGGCCGGUGUAAUGUGUCUCUUACUGGCAAGAUACACACUGGAUAUCGUGGCAGAGGUGUCAGAUGUAAAGACAAUUUCUAUUUCUCAAAAAAAAAAAACCCAUAAACAAAAACACUUUAUUAUUCUGAAAAAUCCCACAUUUACUCACUAUGUAAAGAUGUCAACCCUAAGAUGCUUUGUUCAUAUUAUAUUCUAAAUUCCAGAGUUUGAUGUUUGUGACAUGUUUCAGGAGAUCUGAAAAGGGCAGUAAUGGAUACACCCCAGGCUGCUUUGCUCUGAGCAGCUGGUAGAGUGAAAUAUUUAAUGUCUCUCUCACUACUAGGGUGACAUUUUCCUGUGCCCUGAGCACAGUAGGUUACGAGUUAGGUAUUUCCCUUCCUAUUAAUGAUUCAACACACGAAAGUAAAUUUGAGCCCCGAUGUGGGCUAUAGUAACUUCUCAGCUGUCCCUGAAGUGUCAAUUUGGUGAUGUGUUUCUUCUCCUAGGAUUUAAUCCUCUCACAUAAGAAUAACAACAGCUAAUAUUUACUGAGCCUUCCUUUGGGUCAAGCCCUAUUCCAGAGCCUUCUAUAUAUUGGAUCGUUUUAUCCUCACAGCAGCUGUAAAAGGCAGCUGCUAUUGUCUUUUUCUCAUUUUACAGAUGGUAAACUGAGGAACAGUGAUAUUACUUCAUAAUUUUUUUUUUUUUUUUUUUUUUGAGACAGAGUCUCACUCUGUCACACAGGCUGGAGUGCAGUGGUGCGAUCUUGGCUCACUGCAACCUCUGCCUCCCAGGUUUAAGCAAUUCUCCUGCCUCAGCCUCCUGAGUAGCUGGGAUUACAGGCACGUGCCACCACACCUGGCUAAGUUUUGUAUUUUUAGUAGAGAUGGGGUUUUACCAUGUUGACCAGGCUUGUGUCGAACUCCUGACUUCAAGUGAUCCACCCACCUCUGCCUCCCAAAGUACUGGGGUUACAGGCGUGAGCCACUAAAACUGAUUCUUAAAAGAAAAAAAUUGUAAUACACAAAAAGAACAAGUAAAUGCUAAAUAUUCCUGUUUAAGCAAAGAACAACUAUGCCUCCUCAAGUCCAAUGCAAAUGGAGUGGCCCUGACUCAUAAAACAUUAUGAUUUUCUAUAAAAUUUUCACUUUAUGAAAUAUUCAGAUGUAUUUUUUCUUUUUUUUUUUUAAGAUGGAGUCUUGUUCUCUCUGUCACCCAGGCUGGUGUGUAGUGGCAUGAUCUCGGCUCACUGCAACCUCUGCCUCCCAGGUUCAAGGGAUUCUCCUGCCUCAGCCUCCUGAAUAGCUGGGAUUAUAGGUGUGCACCACCAUGCCCAGCUAAUUUUUGUAUUUUUAGUAGAGACGGAGCUUUACCAUGUUGACUAGGCCAGUCAUGAACUCCAGACCUUAGGUGAUCUGCCAACCUCAGCCUCCCAAAGUGCUGGGAUUACAGGCAUGAGUCACUGUGCCUGGUGUCUUUUAUUUUUUAAAAGAAUCUCCUCUUAACUGUCUAUGUAAAGAUUAUUUAAUAUCUGAGUUUUCAAGAUGGAGCCAAUGGCUGCCCAAAGCAUGUGUUCCCUUCAGAGCCCAUGUUAGUGAUUAGUACACAUGUGCCUACACAAUGGUGACCAAAUGCUAAUACAUUAGUUUAUUUGAAGGAGAGUUUUGUUGUUGUUGCAUUGUUUUGUUGUUGUUGUUGUUGUUGUUGUUGUUGUUGUUGUUGUUUGAGACAGUCUUGCUCUGUCGCCAGGCGCCAGGCUGGAGUGCAAUGGCAUGAUUUCGGCUCACUGUAACCUCUGCCUCCCCGGUUCAAGCAAUUCACCUGCCUCAGCCUCCCAAGUAGCUAGGAUUACAGACAAGCACCACCAUGCCCAGCUAACGUUGAUAUUUUAGUAGAGACGGGGUUUCACUAUGUUGGCCAGAAUGGUCUCAAUCUCCUGACCUUGUGAUCUGCCCAUCUUGGCCUCUCAAAGUGCUGGGAUUACAGGCAUGAGCCACUGUGCCCGGCCUUGCAUUGUUUUAAUUAAGAUUUCAAACAUAUGAAGAAAUAGAAAAAGUAAAAUGAAUCUCCUCGUUCACGGCAAAGGCCAAUGUUGUUUUUAUCUAUAGAUCUGUCCACUUCCUCUCUCUCCAUAUUAUUUCAAAGCAAGCUCAGUCAAUGCAUCUUUCCAUUCAGCCUGGUUUUGAAAUUUGGUUUGUUUCCCUUGUUCAUACCAUGACCAAGGUGGUUUGCUGAGCAUACUUUGAGGAAAGCAAAAAUCUGUAUCAAAGUACUUGUGUUACUGGGUAUCUCUUCCCUUGUUGACACAGAUGAUCUUUGCUUAAUGAAGGUUUUUCAAUCACUCCACUUUCUUAUCUUGAAGUUAUUGUCAUCUAGAAAAUAUAGACUAUCUUAAAUAACUACAGUUCUGUGAAAACUUAACCUGGGGGCAGGAGACAGAGUGAUUGAGGGGAAAGGAUGCAGGAUUUGGCUUCGGAUGCUAAGACCUGGUUCCUCUACCUUUUGUCAUUUCUGAGAACCUGGAUACAGCCUUGAACUCUGAGCUUGAUUGGUCGUUUGGUAGUUCUUAAUGAAAGGUCUACUGUGUGUCACGCGCUGUUCUGGGCAAUGAAGCUAUUUCAGAGAAUAAAAUGAAAAGAAUCUACGUUUCAAUGAUGUUUUAUAGAUAAGUAUGAUAAUGGACGUGAAAAGCUUUUGCAAGCUGUGGAGUGCGAUUAUAAAGGCUUGUUUCCUGCUGUUUUUCACUUGAAAACUACAGUUCCCUGAUGUUUCGGGUUUACAGUAGUUAAUAAUAAGCUAAGCUUUAUUGAAGGGGGAUAUAUUAUGAAUUAUAUCUAUGUGCCUUAGUGAAUUUCUGAGGAAAUGCAUCACUGAAAUGCCUCACUCAGGGGAUGUCUGGGGCCCACAUACUAUGCACUCCAUUCAGGGCUUUACAUGGGAUCAGGAUUAAGCUUCACAGGGACCCUCUCAGGUAACCGCUAUCUUCAUGUUGUAAAUGGGAAGUAGUAAGAAUAUUUUUCCCAAGGUUCGGCAGGUGGUGUGCCUUAGAGCUGGGAUCUCAGCCCCUGUCUGUCUAUGCUCAGAUGGGAGCCUUUAACCAUUUCUUGAUUCUGUCCCACUUGAGAAAUUAGAGGAAUAGGCCAUGGUUGUACACCUUUAGAUGAAGAUGAUGAUGAUGAUGAUUAUUAUUAUUUGAGAUAGCGUCUCACUCUGUUGCCCAGGCAGGAGUGCAGUGGUGUGAUCAUGGCUCACUGCCACCUCCGCCUCCCAGGCUCAAACGAUUCUCCCACCUCAGCCUCCCAAGUAGCCGGGACCACAGGCACAGGCCAUAACUUCCAACUAAUAUAUAUAGAGGUAUUUUUGUAGAGAUAGGGUUUCGCCAUGUUGCCCAGACUGGACUUGAACUCCUGAGCUCAAGCAAUCCGCCCACCUCAGCCCUCCAAAGUGCUAGGAUUAUAGGCAUGAGCCACCAUGCCUUGCCUGCACCUUUGGAUUUUUACUUUUUUAGAAACAAAAACAACCACAAUACAAGGCAUAAUGCAAAGAAUGGGUCAGACAGUAAGUUAUUAAAGUGCUAAUGAUAAAGCUAUUCCAUUGGGAUUUGAGGACCUGGAAAAGGAAUGAAGGUGCCUCGCUGCCCUUGUGAGGGAGCAGAGGGGCCUGCAAUGGGCGGGGCCAGAGCAGAUAGAGCCUCUCCAAGUUCUAAUACAUGUGUGAAAAUCUGGUCAUUUCUGUAAUGAAGCACAACAGAAACGUCUAUCAGUAGAUUUUGAAGGUAAUAUGGAAGACUUACAGAUCUCCUUUUGACCUAUAGAAGCCUUUUCUUGAAAGUCAUCGAUUCUGAUUUCAGAAUAUGGUGGUGUAAUUGUAUUUGUGUUUGGUCCAGACAGAAAAAUAAAUUCCUUUUUGUUUUUUGGGGUGUUUUUUUUUUUUUUUUUGUGACAGCAUCUUGGCUCACUGCAACUUCUGCUUCCCAGGCUCAAGUGAUACUCCCGUCUCAGCCACCCAAGUAACUGGGACCACAACUACACCACCAUGCCCUGCUAAUUUUUAUAUAUAUAUUUUUUUUUGUAGAGCUGUGGUUUCACCAUAUUUCCCAGCCUGGUCUCCUGAGCUCAUGCAAUCCUCCUGCCUUGGCCUCCCAAAGUGCUGGGUUACAGGUGUGAGCCACAAGGCCAGUCCAGAAUUCAUUGUUGAUAGCCUAAAUUACUAAUGUUUAAAUGAUAACAAGCAUGGAUAAUAUUUAUUUUUUUAUUCUAUGUUAUUUUUUGAGACAGUCUUGCUUUGUCACCCAGGCUGGAGUACAGGGGCACAGUCUCUCCUCACUGCAACCCCUGCAUCCUGGGCUCAAGCGAUUCUUGUGCCUUGCACUCCCAAGUAGCUGGGAUUACAGCAGGCAUGUACCAUGAUGCCUGGCUAAUUUUUUGUAUUUUUAGUAGAGACAGGGUUUUGCCAUGUUGGCCCAGCUGGUCUCGAAGUCCUGGUCUCAAAUGAUAUACCUGCCUUGGCCUCCCAGAGUGUUCAGAUUAAAGGCAUGGGCCACUGAGCCCAGACAAACAUUAAUAAUAUUUAAAUACUCAUGUGACACAGGAAAACAUGCACAAGGUUGUCAUUGUUAGUGCAACAUUGUUUUCUGUGAGUGAGGUUUAAGCUUUGGAAAACUAAGACAAAUUCAUUGUAGACAAAUCUCUGUUUUUUUUUUUUGAGAUAGAGUUUCACUCUUGUUGCCCAGGCUGGAGUACAAUGGCAUGAUCUCAGCUCACUGCAACCUCCACCUCCCAGGUUCAAGCAAUUCUCCUGCCUCAGCUUCCCAAGUGGCUGGGAUUACAGGUUCCUGCCACCAUGCCCAGAUAAUUUUUGUGUUUUUAGCAGCGAUAGGGUUUCGUUAUGUUGGCCAGGCUACUCUCGAACUCUUGACCUCAGGUGAUCCACUCACCUCAGCCUCCCAAAGUGCUGGGAUUACAGGAGUGAGCCACCCUGCCUGGCUUGACAGAUCUCUCUUAAGAAGAAGGUGGAAACAAGUAGGUUAGACUCUGAGGAUGGGUAGGGCGAUAGCCAGAAUGAACGGAUAUGCAAGGCAGGCCUGGUUGAGGCGCACUUGGAGGUGACGACCUGUUUUGUGGCCCAGACACCUGCUUUUGAUCUUGAGUGUAGCUCAGUUUUUCAUUGAUGAAUACUGCAAAAGAGCAUAUGUCACAACUCUGAAAUAGCUGAAAGAAUGGCAUCAUGUACAUCCAGAGCACAGUCUGUUCAGAGCGCUUUUAAAACAUGCAUUGAAAAUAUUUUAAUUAGCUCCAGAUAUCUAAUAGUAAAGUUCAAAUUCAUGUGACAUUUAAAGGCUUUUCAGUAGCUUUCUUUGAGUUGUGCAGUGUGCAGGCACUCCUGAUUUACUUUUGACUGCUUAUUUAGGGACUAUUUAAACACCUAGUUUUUUUUUUUUUUUUUUUAGAUGGCGUUUCACUCUGUUGCCCAGGCUGGAGUACAGUGGUGCUACCUCGGCUCACUGCGACCUCCACCUUCCAGGUUCAAGCGAUUUUUGUACUUCAGUCUCCCAAGUAGCUGGGAUUAUAGGCUCACACCAUCAUGCCCAGCUAAUUUUUGUAUUUUUAGUAGAGAUGGGGAUUUACCAUGUUGGCAAGGCUGGUUUUGAACUCCUGACCUCAAGUAAUCCACCUAACUUGGCCUCCCAAAGUGCUGGGAUUACAGGCAUGAGCCACUGCACUCAGCCCUAAACCCCUAUUUUAUUCUUAAUGGUCUUCUCUCUAUUCUUAAACACUAAUUCCAUUUUUUUCUUUCUUUUUUAAAAGAGCUCUGAAAGUGAGGAGGAUCGAUAUGUUAAAAUAUCAAGAUCAGGCCAGUUAGAUUUGCUAUUGUUGGGAAUUUAGGCCUGGCAUUGAUUUAUUGAUAGACAGCCAACAGUUUGCUCACAAGAGUGGAGGUGGGUUUGGGGGAAGGAGAUGGGUUGCUGGGAGGGAGAGAAUCCUCUAGACAAUUCAGCCAGAGUCUGCUUCCUCCCCAGAACUACAGGUGACAAUGACAGUGAGCUCUAUUUCCUGAAUAAUGGAUCAAUCUUCCUGACUCAACCCAGAGUUCUAUAGGGUGUCUUCACCUAAAUCAGGUUAAUUUGGGGAUAAGUUUUCAGGUUAGUAACAUGUUGAAUAUUAUAAGUGCUAAUAACAGCAUUAAGUAAAAGUUAUAAAUAGUAUCACGACAACAGUAGAGUUAAAGAGGAUGUUUCCUUUAUCACUGGAGUCCAGUUACAUUCAAGCAAGUCAUUUUCUCUUUAUGGGAGAUGCGGGUUGAUUGAAGUCUGGGUCUACAGAGAAGGUGGACUAUGGAAAAGCAAAACAUAUGCAAACAUUUUGGUUGGUUUUACAUUUUAUUUUAUGUUAGAAUCAUAUGUAUAUAUAUUCUCUGUACUAUUUGCCUUUGUGGGGGUAGGGGCUGGAGUGAGCAUUGCUCAAUCAAACCCAAGCCCUUGUCACCAUGUGCUACUCACCCACGAAAGUACACAAAGAUUUUAAAGGGGAAGCCAACAUUGAUUGGGAGGAGAAAAUAACCACAGCAGAAAAAAAAUUCCAGAAUACAUUAGCAUUUUUCCUCUGGCCAGGCUUUUUUUUUUUUAAGAGAAGGAAGAGAAAGCAUCUUUAAUGGGCACUUCUUUAAAACUCCAGAACAUUUCAAAGAUAUUUUAAUACACGUAGGAUACUUUUACACGUGUACCUUUUCUCUUAAAUGCAAAUCAGAAUAGGUGUUUGCACAAGGCCUGCAUGAGUCACCCCUAGUUCAGCAGCCUGGCCUUAUUUGCAUUAAACACCAGUUGCAGUUCCUUCUGGUUAUUCCCUGCAUAACUCUUAAACCUGGGUAACUGCAAAAUUAAAUUAAAUUAAAUUAAAUUAAAUUUUAAAAUAGCAUACUUAACUUUUGGGUAAUUAGAAGAGAGAAAAGAAAACAUGGUCAUUUAGGUCUUAAUUAUAUAACUUGUUACAAAAGAUAACCACAGCUUUUCCUUUUGUGUACAUAGUCAGCAAAGGUGGGUUCAGAAUUUAUAAAGACACAAAGUAACAAAUUUGCAGUACCUGAUUGUGAAGUCCUCUGUUUACUGGAAUUAAGGAAUUUGAAAGGCCCUCUCAAAUGUUAAAGCUAUAUAUUAGUUAGCCGGGGCUGCUGUAACAGGGUACCACACACAGAGCAGCUUAACAGAAGUUUAUUGUCUCACAAAUCUGGAAGCCAGAAGUUCAAGAUCAAGGUGUUGGCAGGGCCAUCUUCCCUGUGAGGGUGCUGGAGAAGGAUCUGAUUCAGGAUUCUCUCCUAGUUUCUGGAAGUUCCUUGGCUUGUGGCAGCAUGACUCCGAGGAAUUUCAUUCCAGUUACCCCUUAUAUGUCCUUGGGCAAAGAACCAACCUCUUAAUGUCACUUUCUUUACCUGUAGAACAGGGAUAAUAAUUUGAUCCUCAAUAAACAAAGUAAGAUAAUGCGAAUACAUAGUGCAGAGCCUGACAUGUAGAACCCAUAGUUAGCUCUGUAAAUGCUCACCACCAGCGUCGCAGGAAAACACAGGGAGUUUCAGAAGCCUUACAUCAGAAGUAUUACCAUGGGUCCUUAAACUGACCAGAUUUGUAGGAGAAGCUUGGACACACUCCUUUUAUUUUACCUGUU